AUGCAAGCCCCACUCAUCCUUAUCCUCUGCUCUGCGGUGAGUUCAAUGCAUUAUACAUUGCAAUGUCAAAUUUUACCAUUUGCUUUAAAGAUUUUAAUUUAUCACUUAUUCUAUUUUGCUAUUAAAUGAAACUGUAUCCAGAUCUAAACUCUCAAGCCAACUGCAUAGGGCUUGAAAAAUCCAACAUGGAUUUAUUAAAAUAACCUCUAUUAAAAUGACCCUUAUAUUUAUUGGCAGAAGUAUAAAUAUAUACUGCAUUUAAAAAAAAAAAAUUAAAUACCCAAUUUUAUGUUCUGGGUUAGCCUUCCUGUCCAGUGACAAAUUAAGCAAUGUAAAAAACUGCAUUAACCUUAAAAGUGUAAGCCUCCCUCCCCUCCCAUCCCCUGUACUCAUGCAUUAUUUAGCCAUUUUAUAUAUGGCUGUUAAUGGUCCAUUUUUUAUUUGCGGAGAUAGUUCAGGUCAUCCUGUGAAAUGGCAUUGCUGAUGUUAGAUUCGUUCCUUGCAUGCAAGUACUGGUUUGUGGAUCAUGAAUGAAUGGACUGGCUUUGAAGGGACACUUGGUUUCUUAUUGUAAGGGGAAUAAACAUUGUGGGGGGAUCCCAGAUCUGACUCUGAGGCAUUGAGUCUCUGAGUACAUCCUUCUAGCCUAGAUCUGCAGUGUACAAGGGUUUGGCUUCAGGAUAAUGCAGUAGUGAUAAUCAUCUUUGUAUUGGUGCGUACAAAACCCCACACAAUCUCAGAUUUCAGCCUGAGCUGCUCGCUGUGUGCCCUUCAAUUCAAAUCCUGCUCCAGACCUUUCAAAAGCCCCCACCCUAGCAUAGGAAAAAAAAAAUCUAUUAGUGGAAUAUAUCAAUACGGCUAUUGAUGCAUGAUAGCCGUCACCCUCCUUCGCUUUCUGUAUCAACUAAUGGUUAUCUAUCAUUGAUACAUUUCUUGUGGUCAGUGUGUGACUCUCUAAAUCCCAUUGCCCUGUUUGUAAAAUUAAUGGACUUGAGGAAAGUGGCUAAGCAAAUAUUGUUUCUAUUGUUUUUUUGGUCUUCAGAAGACAGGCUUUAAAAACAUCAUUGUUGGCUGGACUCUAAAUCCCAUCACGCAAUUGUGAGCUGGGUUUCCAUUAGUUGAUGGAGAGACUACUUUUUUUCCCUGCAUCCUUCAGGCAGUCAAGGAUCAUCACAAAAAGUUUCUCCUUGUGUCCUCUUAGAGGCGUUUACAGUGAUCAGAUUGUAAAUUCGUAAGAUCAGGAGAUAAGAUUUACACAGUUGAUGGGAUUGUGGUUUUGUAAUAUUCGUUAGAUAAUAAAUGUUUUUUUUCUGUUAUCUGAACUUGUAAAUAAUUCUAAUGGCAUCAUGUCCACAUGCUCUACUAGAUCUGGACAAUAAUGUCAAGGAAGUCCUUGCUCAGAAUGCUGCAAAUUUAAGUACUCAGUUGUAUUUGAGGCUGAACUUAUUUUUAGGUGGGUGGGCUUGGAGGGUAGGAUAUGGUCUUGUGAUUUGUAAACAAAAAAGUAUGAUGUUAUUGUACGAGAAAAUUUUUCUGGAUGGUUUGAAUGGACUGGAAGUGGGUUUAUGGAGUAAACUAAUAAGACAAGUCAAUGUUGAAGAGCUUGGGUGAUAAUGGUUGGGUUGGGUUGGACUGAUGGAUAAGUUAAUGUGCGUGUUCUUGAGUAGUUUAGCUGUGUCCUGGAUAGUCUUUUUUUGUUUUUAAUUCAAUCUGAUAAUCUUGAAAAGAUUAUGGCCAUUCUGGAUGUUCUCCUGGUUGACUUCAUAUAAAUCGUCUGGAAAGAUAAUAGUUGUUUUGGAUGGUCUGCUGGUUGAGUUAAUUUAAUUGUUAUGAAAAGAUAAUAGGUGUUCUGGAUUGUAAAUUGAUUGUGUUAAUGUUGAUGCGUGGGACGAUGUAUGGCAUUCUGGAUACCUUAUAGAUGGACCGGUAAUGUAAUGAGUGUUUUUGAUGAUGAUGUAGGAAGAUGUACUUUGGAGACAUUGUUAUCCUACUACAUGGGUCUGGGUUUUGGGUGUGUUCCUUCAAGGUUGUUUUUAUUAUUCUUGGUGGCCUAAUAAUAUACACAAGUCUGAAUUGACAAUAAGACAUGUAAAACUGUUUAUACAUAGUUUAAUGAUCAGGAAUAUGCAUUUUGGGUAAAUUUACAUAUUUUUUCCCCUUUUCUUUAGCUCUUUGUAGGAAUCUGGGCUGUUAGAAUUAUUCCACAUGUGACUAUGAUUCCAUUUGUGCUGAGUGUUCUGAAUGCUCCUAUAGUUAAGAAUCUGAAUCAGAUAUUGUAAGUGAUUGCUGACUAGUGAAGGCUAGUUUAGUAAUUUAAUGUAAGCUCGUAAUGGAAAUAAGGUCUUAAAACAUUUUCCUGUUGUUUGUAAAGAAAAUUUCGACCAACAGAGAUUCUCGUUCUGAAAUAUGAAUAUGUAGUUGAUAUGUGUAACUAUGGAUAUUAUGCAAUCAAUUACACAUUUAGUUAACUUUGUAUACAUUAUCCAUCCAUUCUCAUGUGGGUUAUUAGGGAUUGUGGAUUAAUUAGCAAUGUUGUGUUUGUUUGUUUUUAAUAUUGAUAACUUGAAUUGAUUAGAAAGUUAUGGGAAGACAAGUGGAUUAGCUAGGGCUCCUAUGAGCAUCUAAGUGUCUGUGGAAGGGGUAGCCAUCUUUCGGCACGCCAGAUGUUGUGGUCUACAUCUCCCCUGAUACUUUUCUACGAUUAAGGCUGUAAGACCAUUAUGGAAUGCUGAAGGUUGCCUACCCCUGGCCUAUGAGUUGGUUAGGAAUAUAUAAACUAGUUAUGGAUAUUGCGGGCAGGUUAAUGAAUACGAAAUUAGUUAGAAUCUUGUUAACAAGCUAGGAUUACUGUGCAUAGGUAGGUGGUUAUGGAUUGGUUAGGGAUAAUGUGAGCAGAUAAGUGAUUGGAUACUUUAGACUGGUUAAGAAUCUUGUGGGUUUGGUUGGAAAUAUUGCAUAUGGGUUAUAAGGGAUAUGUCGGACUAGUUAGGGCUAUCAAGUGUUGUUAGCAAUGUUCUAGUUCGGUUAGUGAAGGAUGCUUAGUGAUCUAGAUUGGUUAAGUAUAUUGUGGGUUGGUUAGAAAUAUUGUGGGUUAGUUAACAGUAUCAUUGGAUUAUUAGUGAUGGUGUGUUUUGGUUAUUGGUGUAGGUUGGUUAGUAAUGUGGAUUGGGCAUAAAACAUGGAUUGACUAGGAUUGUGAGUAGUUUUACGGGUUAGUUAGGCAUAUUGUGGUUUCAUUGAGGAUUCCAUGGAUUCUCUAGGGAUAUUUUGGGCUGGUUAGUUUUAUUGUGGUUUGUGUAUGGAAACUAUAACAGCAUAUAAAAGAUAUAUAAGGGAGAGCCCUGUGUUAUUUCUUUGAUUAAAAAAUACAUACAUUAUUUCUAUAGUGAUUUAUUUACUUUUUCCCUCAAUUAAAAAAAAACAACAACUUUCUAUGAGACCCACCCUUCUUUGAUCAAGACAUUGGUGGAAUGCUAUAUCUUAUUGAUCUCUGUUUCAGAAAUUGCCCAAUACACUCAAUCGAGCCAAGAAAAUAAUUACUCAUCACCCGAAUGAUCUCUCAAGAGAAAAAGACAAACAGAUGGCUUUUAUCUGUUCGGUAGUCAUUAGUGUAAAUAAUCUAUGUCAAUGCAACAUGUGCAAAAAAAAAACCUAGCAAUUAUAUUUACUUUAACCCCGGGUUAAUGAGCAGUAAGAGAAACGUAAAGAUACUAAACAUAAAUGAAUUAUGGGAAAUUUUAGAGCAUUGCUUUUUUAAUGGAUUUAAGUUUGGUAAACGAGCGCAACACAGAAAGAAAGAAACCACGAGAUUCCUUGGGACUGUGAGUCUUUUGACAGCUGCCUUCUUGGAAACCCAUGUAGAUGCUGAUAUAGUGAUUGUAUCUCAGGCUAGAUAAAGCAGUGAUACUGAUUACAGAGCACUAGUUCUCAAGUUCUUAAAAUCAACAGAGGUCCACAAUGCAUUGAUUUCUCCAUUUGAAUGGAAUAUGGUAAACGCUACUGUCUGGCCUGCUGGAGUCCUUGUCAACUGGCUUGAGAUGCACCAAUCUAGAAUACCAAACAGAAAUAAAAGUUAUUGAAUUUCAAAUCAUGAUAAAUUGGGGUUGGAAUGUAUAUUCAAAACAAGGGCCAAUUGACUAGUAUCUUAAAAAAAAAAAAAGGCGCUUCCUAAGCAACUUAAGCACUUCCGAACACUGACGUCUCUCAGCCAAUAAGCUAAUUCCUGCACCUCUGGGCUUAGCUCAUACAGAACGCUUACAACUCUCUGUGUGGAGUAGUGAAGGCGGGGAGAGGAGUUCGGUAAACCCCAAGUAAAAAGUCAAACCGCCCACAAACGGAUUGGCUACUUACUUUGAGUGUGCGCCAGGGCACUAGUGUCACUAUAACCACUAGAGCCCACUGUAGUUGUUAUGGUGGUUGUUGUGUUAGUUUAAUAGUUGGUUCUAAUAGGCUUCUUAGCGUGACUGGUCUUGGAGUAAUUUUUUGACGUCCUACCUGUGUAGGUCCAUUUGGGCUUUCUAUACUAGGGGUGCCCAAAAGGUAGAUCCUCAGAUGUUGUAGAACUACAGCCUCGUGAUGCUUUGUCAUUCUAACGGCAUGCGAAGCAUCAUGGAAGCUGUAGUUCUACAACAUUGUGGGAUCUACCUUUUGGGCACCCCUGUUCUAUACAAUGCAUGUGUGUUUUAACAAUACAUAUUCUGCAUUAGUAAUAUUACUGACUUUUGCUACUUUUUAAAUAUUUUUUGCUAAAGUGAAAGGCUAAUUGAUCAGAAAAUGGUGACAUCUCUUUCAGAUUGCCUUGGAAGAUUUUUGAUACAUAUUUAAAAGAAACCGAUAGCGUCAGAAAUACAAAUCAACGCUAUAGUGUUCUCCUCACCAUUUAGAUUAUCAGGCCCCCAUGCAAAGGUAAAAAAAGCUUUUAAGUCAAUUUAAAUACCGCGGCAUGCUGGUCUCUGUGCUCCCGGUCCCGCCUCCUUAGCUGAUGAUCUCAGCCAAUCCAGUGCUUCCCAUUUAAACUGCUAUAGUGGUUCUAGUGGCUAGGGUUCCUUUAAAAUGUAUUUCACGCUCUAGUAAAAUAUAUUUUGAGUAGGCUAUUUUUGAGAAAAUGGGGAUUUGCAUAUUUGGUCACCAAUCUUCUCACAUUUGGCAGAAAAAAACAACCACACAGAUAUAUAAUUUUCCAGUAAAUAUGAGUGAAAUUUAAUAACAAAUAAAAAAGAAAGAUGUAAUUUAAAAAAGAGAAUCAUGAUUCUAAAACAUUUGAAAAUUGUUCAGAAAAUUCUGGAAUGUUUCCGGACUUGUAAAAGCUAUUUUGUAAUAUUUGUUUUGGUAAAGGAUAUACAUUUCAGGGACUGAAUUAAAUUGUAAUUCGGGAUCUUAAAAAACAUUCCAGAAAUAUUAUGGGUCCAGAACAAGACAUUUGAUGUUGUCUGGAUGUUUAUGGUUGAAGGGGCAAUAUUAGAGAGAAGAAAAAGUUUGUUGUUUGUACAUUUAAAGAUACACUCUAAGCACCAUAACUGCAGAACUGAAACCUAUUUUUUUUUUCACAUAAAAACUGGUGGGGCCCCACGGACGAGCCUCCACCAAGAGAGACCCGGGUAAGUUGUCAAACCGGUCAAAACAGUAUUGAUAAAUUACACUAGGAGGGUGCGAAUGCACUGUUGGCACUAUGGUCAAUACAGUGAGCUGUAGUGUUUAUGGUUCUUGGAGUGUUACCCUAAGUAUGCUGUAAUGAAGCGUGUCUGCUAUACAAAAUAAGACAAUGGGAAAGCAUCUUGGGAAUGAUAGCCCGCAAAACUUGGUCUCAAAACGACUACCUCCUCCCCCCUCCAUGGCUGAGAUAAUCAGUCUUGAUGAUCCCAGCAAAUCCAAUGCUUUCCCAUAGGAAAGCAUUGGGAGGCUGUUGUGCAUGCACAGCAAAACACCGCCCUGGCCAAUCAGCAUCUUCUCAAUGAGAUGCAUUGAAUCAUUGUAUCUCUACGGGGAGCGUUCGGCAUCUCCAUGCUCGCUGAACAUAGGUGCUGAAUGUAGGUGCUGCACAUAAUGCAGCACUGAACUAGGAAGCACUUCUAGUGGCCAUCUGAGUGACUGGUACUAAAGGUAGUACUAGGCAACAAUGUAAAUACUUCCUUUUCUCUGGAAAGGCAUUGUUUUUAUUGCUCAGCCUGCAGGGAAAAAGCUAUAGACAACAGAACAACUACAUUAAGCUGUAGUAGUUCUGGUGACCAUAGUGUCCCUUUAAGGAUACACUUUGAUACAUUCAGGGUUUUUUUUGUUUUUGUUUUUUAAUGCAGCUCUAUUAUGCAUUCCUACAGCUCCUGCAAAGACGGAUUUACAACAUAUUAAAUGAAGAUGUACACCUACAAAAUUAACCAUAUAAAUUUGUCUUAAAAAUAAUAGUUGGGGGAAAAAAAUAAAGUGAAAACAUAUACAUAGGGACUGGCUCUCCUAGAGAGGGACACUUGGGUUGUAUGCCAACUUAGACAGAUGCUUCUUGUGGCACUACAUCUUGACCCAGACUAACACUAUGAAGAUCAGCUGUGUUAGAAUUCCCAGCAGUCUAUGCAUACUACUGAGCUGACUAGAUACAGGGUUCCUUUAUUCCUUUAUCUUUGCAUCAUGAUACAAACCAUUCUGUAAUCAAGUAGAUACUUCCUGCAUUCAUAGAUUUUUUUUUUUGUUCAGCCAUGAGAUCGGAAUCCUUUAGAUCUGGCGACUUUGAUUUCAUAGUCCGAAUUUAGUUUUAAAUAGAUAUCUGUGGGAUCCACGUAACCGGUAAUCUGGAACGAGCGUGGAUUUUCAGAGAGUUACAUUCUGUAUUAUAUGAGGUUGUAAAAAACAAUGUUGUUAUGUGUUUUGACCUGAAAAGCUUACACUCUAUUUCUGCUCAGCUAGCCAGAACCAUAGAGGUUUCUCCUUUAUUCUCUUUGAUUCCUGAAAGGCCUGGGAACGGUUCUGAAAGGGGGGCAGGUGGGUUCUGUUAAUCAUUAUAAUUUUGUGGCAUCUCAUAAUCUGUUUUUCUAGAUCACAUUGUGUUCCCGAACUCUCUAUCCCUCCGGUAAAACCUUCAAAUAACACAAAACCACAUUCCUAACAGCUUCUGUUUACUCCACCUAAAAUCUUUCACAAAUGCUAGAGCUGUCAGAAGCAGUGACACCAAAUGUAAAACCACAAAUUAGCUUCACAGACAUAAAAGGCACCUGUAACAGUGUAUUACAGUAAACAAACAAGAAUUAACUACCUUAACCAAUGCCUAGGGUCAGAAGCAACGCAGAGGGUCCCACUGCUCUCUGGUUCUAAUAUUCUAGAUAAAUUCCUACUCACCAAUGAGUUAAGGCUAAUACCCACUGGCAUCGCGCACUCAGGAUAAGACCGCAAAUGUCGGGGCGUAUUCACAAAACGCUGAUCUGUUGUGAUUUGCACACUGAACUGCAAACUCAGGAAAAAAAUAACUAAUAACUAUAAAUCACAGCUUAGACCAGGGGUCCUUAAACUCCGGCCCCCCCCAGAUGUUGCCGAACUACAUCUCCCAUGAUUCUUUGAAUUACAUAGAUAGCCAGAGAAUCAUGGGAGUUGUAGUUCAGCAACAUCUGGGGGGAUGGAGUUUGAGGACACCUGGCUUAGACCAUCUUUCAAUUCAGCUUAUCAUUUCACUGCAAUUCAGUUUAAGAUUAUUUUUUUUGUUAAUGAACAACCCCCCCUCCAAAAAAAAAAAAAAAAAUAUAUAUAUAUAUAUAUAUAUAGUCUGUGGAUAGUUAAUGCAAUGUUAAACAAAAAUCUGCACACCAGUCAAGUCAUAAGACUUGCUUUUCCCACGGAAAUCCCAAGAAACGCAAAAGGGUCAUUUUCUAUAUAAAUUAUUUCAAAUAUAUGAAAGGGUGGCUUUAGCUGUUAAAGGAACUCUCCAAGCACCAUAAAAACUUCAUAAAACUGGCUUGCAAAGAAACUUAUCUUUUUCAAACCAGUUUUAUGAAUGGGGAUUCACUGAUUGGCUGAGAAUGUCAGCCUAUCCCUCUCAGCCAAUUAGUGGUGCCAUUGCCUGAUUCUCAAAAGCCUUCCCGUUUAGAGAUUUUUAGAAAACAGAAGGGCAGAGAGGCAGGGAGAUUCGGCCCUGUAAGAAAGACUUUCGAAUUACCCAUGACUGCUGACCCAUUACCAUCCCACCGUUGCCCCAAAUAAAACACUGGACACCUUUUAAGUGGAUAAGGGCAACGGCCACAGCUUUAUUAAACAGUAAAAAACUUAAUUCUUAAUUCCUGCCAGCUGUUGGGUGAGGACCCAACAGGCAGUUCUCCUUCUUUGUUCGCCAAGAGCCCAAUCCAGCCGUCGCUAGCCAUCAGCCUUGCGACGACUGUCGUCUCCCCAAGGUGACCUUGCGUCAUACUCCUUUCCUUUUCGCUUCCGCUGUCCAGGGAAAACCGCCUGCUGUGACAAUGAGAGAAAACAAAACACGAAACCACCAACACACCACAACACCAAACAGGGAGGGAGGGUGGGAAAUUUAACCAGGGUGACUGACUAUCUCCUUCUGACUGGUAAGUCUCCUCCCUUGCUUCACCUUUAUGAAUCCUUCCAUCUUUGCAACAUUGUUGCUACCAUUGUACCAUCCCACUAUCCUGGGCAGCAGUCAUGCUCCCCCUUCCCUAUUUGUCCAGGGGGACACUUUAAGGUGAGCCAGUGCCCGGCACUUACUGGCACCAAAACAACUUAAUUUUGAUGAAGUGGUUAUGGUGCAUAAACUGUUCCUUUAAGGCAAAAAACUUUUGGGAAACUGUGUACUGAACAGUAAAUUUAACUAAAUUAGCCACAUUUUGAAUGUUGGCCAAAUUUGCUGAGUUGGACAUUUUUCCACUCACCUGUUUGAACCACACUUUGCUAAUUAUUGCAUAGAGACUACUUUAUAUAUUUAAUUCUGUGUCAAGUACGCCUGCAUACAUAUACAAUACAGUAUAUGAAUAUCCAUCAAACAGUAUGAGCUGCUCCUUAUACUGGAACUCGUAAUGUGUUUAGUGACAGGUCAUACCUUCCAAGUGUCCCAAUUUAGAAGGGACAGUCUCUAUUUUUGACCCAAAUCCCCAUUUUCUAUCCAAAUGUCCCUCUUUUCUAGGAGCUCCAUAUUGUUGGCGUGUCUGAGUGUAUAACAGAGCUCCACAGCAAUAAUACUCACAGUAAUGUGUCUGAGUGUAUAACAAAGCUCUGCAGCAAUAAUACUCCCAGUAAUGUGUCUUUAAACUACAAUAAAUGUGUUUAGAAUUCAGUUUGUGUAAAUAAGAUACAUUGUUCUUGUUCUAAAUUACAUUUUACUGGUAUAAAUUGUUAUUAGUAAGUCACCAAAAAUGUCUCCAAACAGCCCCGCCCCUGGCCACACCCCCACUCACCCCCCUAAAAUUAAAGUGUCCUUCUUUCAUCAAUUAAAAUGCUGGUAUGAAUAUAUGGUUUCUCACAUGCCCAGAUUCUGCCAAAUGAACUGUAAAACAUGGUAGAAUGUUAAGCUGGUCCUUACAUAUUUAGAAGCCAACCACGUUCCCAUAGUAGCCAGAAAAUGAUGUACAUAGGGAUAUGUUUGUAAAACAAUUUUAAAAAUGAAUCCCCAAUGAUAAUGUGUUCAGGAGACUUGGCACCGAGCUUGCAGGCUCGACAAUCCCUGAUCUCACCACUCAUCCCUUUAUUGACCGUAGAAUCCCACAUCUGGCCCAGAUAUUCAGAAAUAAGCCAUUCUGUUAGCUCCCUGCCCUGGUCCUAAUGUAUUACAUUUAUCUCAAAGUUUAAUCUGGGAUUUUAAACCACACUACAUGAUCCUGUGGAGACAGGCUGACAUUGCAACAUGCUACACAUGUUCCCUCUGCAGUUACAGCUGUCAAAUCGUUAUGAGGUCAUUUUUAUAUAGUAUUUUUUGCUGUUAAAACAUCUAUUUUCAUAAUAAAAAUACACAGUGCUAUAGUUGUAUUGCUCUGCCACCCUCGUGCAUUGUCAUUUUCAGGGUUAUUCGCUAAACUGAAAUUUCAAAGUGAGUUCAAAGUGAAUUUAAAAUUUAAGGCCAAAAUAGUCAAUUCGUUGGCAUUGCUGAGAUAGAGAAUUUUCCCAGCUCAGUUAUAUUUUGGCCUUAAAUUUGAAAUUCGCUUUAACUUUAAAUACUCACCUUUUCGAACAAUCCUGUUAAUUUCUGUCCGCAAUCAGUCAGUCCUGGCUGAGCCUUAUUAGAAUUGCAGUCCAAUUCACUGUGGUGGCUAAAGUUGCCUGUCCUUAGCUCCCCAAAAGGUAAAUCACUCUCUAAUCAGAAAUGUCAAAUUGCUCCCUAGUCCUGGGUGGAUUAUGAAUCCCACCGUUCCGAGGACCGCUGUGCCCUAGAGGUGGCUGUCUGAGGAUAAUAGGAGUUGCAGUUCGACAAGCACUGGAGUGGAGAGCUGUCUGUUGGCUACUCCUCUAAAUGUUGGCACAUGCACAUACACACUGGUGUACAAUACCAACCCACAUGACAUCUGCAAUUACUUCCACUGAUUUGUUUAUGUGUGUUUUAACAAAUAUAAACAAACACACGUGAUUGUGUCUGUGUGCGUACUGGGAGACUGUGCAAACACUUUUAAUCACCAUCAUGCAACUGUUAGCUGAAGGUAUACUGUCUCAGUUAAGGAAGGCAAACAUGUAUUGACACACACUACGAUAUGUAUGUAUGUACUUCUGUAAAAUGAUUUGAUAAACAGAUACAAUGUAAACAUGCAGACACAGGUGACCGGAUCCUCCCGAGGGAGGGGUGAGGGAAUCUCUAUGAACAGGUUCAGAACUGAGUGCAGUGAUUCAUAUCGUGGUGUUUGACGCAUGAAAAUCAAAGAAAUAUUCGGAGAUUGUGUGUGCCCAUGAUCAUGUCUGUUCGUGUAUGCAUUUGUGUAUUCAUGUGUGUGCGUCAGUGCCCAUCCAUGUAUUAUUUUUGUUUGUGUAUGCCCGCAUGGGUUUCCAUAUGCCCGUUUAAUGGUCGACACGCAUGUUAACGUGAUGAUUUCUCUAUCCUUCGCUAUCCAUACGUCUUCACGUGUAUUAUCUAUGUUUGUGAAUUAUGGUCACCACGUAACCAUUUUGAUCUGGGAGCUAAUGAAUUCUUCAUUCUAACAGACAUGGUUUCAGAGUGCUGCCCAGCAAUGUGUAUGUGGGGUUGCCAGGUGUGCUCGACAUGAAAAGUCCUGCCUUGUAGAAUGCGACAUUUAUAUGCUGUGGGAGUCCAAAUCAAUGCAUGUAAUCAAUGCCUUUCCUUUGGGAUCACUCCUUCAUUGAUUAAUUCAUUAAUUGACUUCCCUUCUGUAACAUAGAGAUAAUAUGUAACAAAUGAGUGCAAGCACUUUUCAUGCACUGCCUAAUUUAAUGAAAUACGAUACACGCAAAGAUUGUUGAUAUGAAGACCUUAGAAUUCAUAUACUCCUGGUAUCACAUAAAUUAGCUAAAUAUGUUGGUUAUGACUAGGUAAUUGAUUUUAAACCAGGAACACAUUCUAUACAAUACCAUUGCUUUUUUCACAACAUUUAGCAAAACAGGGGGGCUUUAAAGAGUUCCGGAUGCUGGAGUCCUAGCCCUUUAAAUCCCCCUCCCCAUCCUGUUAUUUUUCUGUAGCAUUUUCAAGACAAUAUUAUGUGUGCCACAAUAUAUGGCCACGGUGAAACAGAGGAAACUAUAUUCUACUUGAUCAUCGGGAUAUAAUACCAUUAAUAUGGACCUGGCAAAUGGUGGCACAGGUGGUUAGGAGAGGGUGAUACUUAUUAUUACUAUUUUAUUAUUUAUAUAGCGCCAACAGAUUCUGUAGCGCUGUACAAUGGGUGAUACUUAGUUGAGAAGCAAGGGUAGUAGAAAAAAGUAGUAAAUGGUGAGACUGGAGUGGGGGAGACGGUUAUACCGGACUGGCAUGGCAGGUAUUGUGGGAACAUGUGGAGGGAGAAUGGUGACACUUUGGUGGGGAGGAAAUGGUGAGUGUGGAGGGGGAGAUGGUGAUGCUGGGUAGUAAUUAUUUGUUUAAGGGUCAGAAUAAGAAAGGACAAGACGUUUUUUAGUCUACGUAGAAGCCGGUCAGAUUGAGACUAAGGGGUCAAGUGAUUGAACUUACAGGGUUCAGUGGUGGAGUUAGGAAGGGGCCAUAGGGAUCAGCCAAUACAUUUUGCUUUGGACUCAUGCCCCGUCAUUUUGCAACAUACCAGCCCAACUGAUACAGAGAAUUUUCGUGUUAACUUUUCAAAUAAACCUUCAAUCUCUCUGUGUGAGUAUCUGCUAAGAAGCAACAUGUGUAUAUAUAUAUGUAAUGUGCGAUGGAAUCUUUGUCUGUAGUGUUUAUAGUGGAACAUUUUGUGUAUGUCUGAGCUGGAUAUAUAUGAUGUUUGGAAGUCUAUAUAUUGAUGAAUGUGUAGAGUUGGAAAUUAAAACACCCGCACAUCCAUUAAGGAUCAGUAAAUCCUAUUUUAUUUUUAGAGAUCAGUAAGUUAGAUCAAGAUUUGUUUCACUGCCCCAAGGAUAGGUUUAAAAGCUCUUCUAAAACACUUUAUUCCUGACUUCCUUUUGAGGUCAAUGGUUUGCUUUAUGAACCCAAUCACAGAUUAAAACCAGGUGAAUGAUCGCCACGAGUGCUUUUAAAGAGAAUUCCAUGAUUGAUGGAUGGAUCAUUACUGAUCCCGAGCGGUACCCUAUCUUUCCAGCAAUAUGGAUGUCUGUCUGACAGUCAAAUCAUGUCUCCAUCAGAAAAGAACAUUGGAAACUCUGUGCCUUUCAGCAUUCCCUACCAUGCACCAGGGACAUGGGGUGGAGUAUCUCAGAUACUGGGCUUGAUAGCAGAUGUGCUUGUGUGGUGAACAGGGGGUCGUUUAAGUACAUGGCAUGGACAUGCUAGGGUUGUGCCAACCUGCCAUUUUGGUUUCAUAUGUGUAGAGCCCGGCAAACGAUCUCUGUUAAGUCUAAAAUAAUAUUCACAAUGAUGAGCAUAUGAGGAUAAUCUCUAAUGUCACUGACACACACACUCAAUGACAGACAUACACUCACUGACACACACACACACACACACACAGAAACUGACUGACAGACACACACACACACACUCACUGACAUACAGAUAAACAGAUACAUUAAAGCUUUAGCACUGGGAAUGCAUGUUUUUAUUCCCAGCUCUGUAGUGUUCCUUUUUGACAAAGUAAUCCUUGUCUGUUCUAUAUAAACACACUUUUGUGCACUGUAAUCUAAUUGGUUGUCCUAUAGAAUUUUUAAACUGCUGAUUGGAAGAGGAUCCACAAUUGGAUGGCCACCAUUUUUAUCGUCCUCAUCACUAUAUCAGGUUUACUUUGUUGCAAUGCCUUAUGGGUAAAGUGUUACCUGUUGAAUGUUUGGUGAGUGCACUGCUUAUAUAAGUUGCAUCGUCUUUUAAUGUGAAAUCAGCUGGUUCCUGGAAUUCUAAAAAUACCAGCCAUGAUUACACGACAUCAAAUUAAUUCCCCAUACUUUUGGCAUCUUUUUUUUAUAAGGCCAACAAAAAAUUCAGGAUUCAGACAAUUUGAUUUCCGGACUGAACUGUGUUAUCAGAAAAUAAAAUUCGAUUUCAUUUUUGAUCCAAACUGGGAGAAUUCUCCAAGUCAGCUGUGUUUUCUGUUUGGUUAUUUUAACUUAAAUGGGCAGUCUAUGCAUAAUAAGCAUUACAUGUUGAUGUAGUGGUUAUAGUGCUAGUAAGCUGCAGGUGCUCUCCCUUGUGUCUUGAUAAAACCAUUUUUGCAUAGUUUGACCAUAGCACCUAUUGCCCAACCUCCACUCUCAGGAUUGGUCGUUCAGGAGUUCCAAGUCUGCAUUAGCAAUAUGAAUUUGGAUGACAGUGAUAGGCUGCACAUGUUAGCUGACGGGCUCAGCCACUCACUGCUGUCCCAAUAUGGGCGAAACUAAUAUUUGGCAAUUUUGUGGAACAUGGUGCCCCCCUUAGACUAACCCAUUAGUGUAUAGCUGUAAAAAGUGUCCUGAAAAAAUGCAGGCACAUCAUUUACCCAGAAAACCAGAUGAUGGCCAAGGAAGUCUCUGCAAGACAGGCCUUUGGGGUUCUGUUUUGUUAGUAAAAUAAAAACAUUUCUGUGUUGGAAUGCAUAAAAUAUGUCCAUUUAAAGGUUGACAUUUUACGUCACUAAAGUACUUUUCUUAGCAUUACUUUUGUGUAAAUUAAGCUGUUAAAUCACUAAUCUGCCUGUAGGGUGUGUGAAGAACACUUGUACUUCACAGAACUAUAGUAUAUCUGGGGGAACCAGCAUUUUCAACUUUGCACCUGCAGGUUGUCACUGUCACUUAGCAAUGUCACCCAGUGUGGGCUUGAGAACAGCUGCUGUGAAUCUCCUAUCCCUUUAAGAAUGCAAACAAUCCGUGCAAGGGGAUUUCUGCAGAAAUCAGAAGGUGUCAGACUAUGAAAGAGGUGCUAUAGACUCUGUGAGGGAGAGAUAUCAGACUGUUCUGUUCUGAAAAGUAGUGUAACGAUGUAAGAAGGGGAGGAAUCAUCAAUGGAAUGUGCUUGCUGCUUGCACUGGUUUCCAUGGCGAUUGCCCCACUUUUAGUACUUUGCAACACUUUUCAGAAAAUAGCACCUUGAUAAAUCACCCCACUGUGAAAGUAGAAAGUAAAAUACUCCCCUGAGCCUGUCCUGAUAAUCUGAAAGGUCACUGUAAAUUAUAUAUAAACCCAGCACUGUCUGAGCCUGUCCUGAUAAUCUGCAGUCAGGAUGUCGCUGUACAUUAUAUAUAAACCCAGCGCUGUCUGAGCCUGUCCUGAUAAUCUGCAGUCAGGAGGUCGCUGUACAUUAUAUAUAAACCCAGCGCUGUCUGAGCCUGUCCUGAUAAUCUGCAGUCAUGAUGUCGCUGUGCAUUAUAUAUAAACCCAGCGCUGUCUGAGCCUGUCCUGAUAAUCUGCAGUCAGAAGGUCGCUGUACAUUAUAUAUAAACCCAGCGCUGUCUGAGCCUGUCCUGAUAAUCUGCAGUCAGGAGGUCGCUGUACAUUAUAUAUAAACCCAGCGCUGUCUGAGCCUGUCAUGAUAAUCUGCAGUCAGGAGGUCGCUGUACAUUAUAUAUAAACCCAGCGCUGUCUGAGCCUGUCCUGAUAAUCUGCAGUCAUCAUGUUGCUGUACAUUAUAUAUAAACCCAGCGCUGUCUGAGCCUGUCCUGAUACUCUGCAGUCAGGAGGUCGCUGUGCAUUAUAUAUAAACCCAGCGCUGUCUGAGCCUGUCCUGAUAAUCUACAGUUAGGAGGUCACUGUACAUUAUAUAUAAACCCAGCGCUGUCUGAGCCUGUCCUGAUAAUCUGCAGUCAGAAGGUCGCUGUACAUUAUAUAUAAACCCAGCGCUGUCUGAGCCUGUCCUGAUAAUCUGCAGUCAGGAGGUCGCUGUACAUUAUAUAUAAACCCAGCGCUGUCUGAGCCUGUCCUGAUAAUCUGCAGUCAGGAGGUCGCUGUACAUUAUAUAUAAACCCAGCGCUGUCUGAGCCUGUCCUGAUAAUCUGCAGUCAGGAGGUCGCUGUACAUUAUAUAUAAACCCAGCGCUGUCUGAGCCUGUCCUGAUAAUCUGCAGUCAGGAGGUCGCUGUACAUUAUAUAUAAACCCAGCGCUGUCUGAGCCUGUCCUGAUAAUCUGCAGUCAGGAGGUCGCUGUACAUUAUAUAUAAACCCAGCGCUGUCUGAGCCUGUCCUGAUAAUCUGCAGUCAGGAGGUCGCUGUACAUUAUAUAUAAACCCAGCGCUGUCUGAGCCUGUCCUGAUAAUCUGCAGUCAGGAGGUCGCUGUACAUUAUAUAUAAACCCAGCGCUGUCGGAGCCUGUCCUGAUAAUCUGCAGUCAGGAGGUCGCUGUUCAUUAUAUAUAAACCCAGCGCUGUCGGAGCCUGUCCUGAUAAUCUGCAGUCAGGAGGUCGCUGUACAUUAUAUAUAAACCCAGCGCUGUCUGAGCCUGUCCUGAUAAUCUGCAGUCAGUAGUUUGCUGUACAUUAUAUAUAAACCCAGCGCUGCCUGAGCCGGUCCUGAUCAUCUGCAGCCAGGAGGUCGCUGUACAUUAUAUAUAAACCCAGCGCUGUCUGAGCCUGUCCCGAUAAUCUGCAGUCAGGAGGUCACUGUACAAUACAUAGAACAGACAGUGCCAGGGGACUCAAGAAACUAUAACCACUUUUAUCAGAUAAAGCAAUUACAAUGUCUAGUAUUCCGUUAAUACUACCCGCUGUGACACACAGUGACCCUAUGUUGCCAGGGUCCUUAGAAAGUGACAGUGCUAAUUCUCGCGAGUCACAAGCACACAUCUGACCAUCACUCUGCCUCAAAUCUGAUUUAAACAUUCACUAUUGAGUGAAUAAACGCCCAAAUACCAUGCUGAGAAACUACUCUCCAGCUACAUAUGGUAAUUUGAAUUUUAUAUAAACUCUUACAAGCCUGUAAUAAAAUUUGACUUUUAUUAUAGUUACUGAAAUCUUUAUUUAUUUCUGCUUGUGGUCUGUCAUUCCUUCGCUGUUUAUUUUAGUUCCCUGGGUUUCUAUACAAUUGCUAAGUCGCGUUUUCCAAAAAUAGCUUGCCAUAAUACGCUUUUAUUUUUUUAAUUAGACUUUAAUUACAUUUUAUGAUUUUUUUUAAGGCCACAUUUAAAUGCAUCUGCCAUCUCUCAUAACAUUUUUGAUAGAUUCCAUUUAAAUAUUCUCACUCGCGGCAGAUCUAUGCAAUUUAUGGGAUUUUCCUCAACUCUCACAAAAUGAUUCCGAUACCAUACCUCCCAAGUAUCCUUGUUUUUGUGACUUUUUUUUUAUUUUUAUUUUUUUUAUGAUUUUCUCAAUCUUUUAUAUAAAAUUGGAUUUUUGCCUGAUAGGUGUAUUACAGACUUCAAAUAAAAUAUAUAUUUAAAGCACGUCAAAUGUGCGACAAUAGCUUGUGCCGAUUUUGUUCUUUAAUUUCACAAAAUUAGCUUUUAGUGACAGAAGACUAUCCAUAGGUGAUAAAGUCACUUAAAAAUCUUCUGAAGUGUUCACAACCCAUUAAAAAAAAAAAAUCAUAUUAUUGUUUUAGCCUUAGUGUUGUCCCACUGAUAGUUGAACCUUUGUAUGUAAGAAAACACACAUGGGAUCUUUACUUCCUAAAUGUAAGACGUGUUCAGGUGGGAAAUAGAGUAGCCACCACUUUAUGUGCUUUCAUGACCAAUUUUCAUCAUGUCAACCAUCAAGGACAGAGAAGAACUGGGAUAGUAGUGCAGUUUUUUAUGACAAAGCUACGAUUGGAUCCUGAUUUCCAAUGGCCUUUCCACUGCCCGGUCAAGAUGUCCUAUCUCGAGCAUAACUGCUUUUAGCAAUAAAUGGGUAUUCUACUGUGUUGGAGAUACGUUAGGGUCACCCUUCCACCACAUGAUGCAGCUCCUGGAGACCUUGUCAGGUUUACCCCACCACCGAGUCCCUCUUCUGCUGAGCUACACGUGUAACUAUCUCUGACCUGAAGUGUACCAGUUCUCUGCAUUUGCUACAAAUACAAAGUACAGAAAAUCCUGUUUGAGACUGAAAACCAUAAAACCAGUAAUACUUCUCAAUUUUUUAGAUAAAUUGGUAAGUUGGUGGUGGGACUGGAACCCCGAGGAAUAACUCGAAGUCUGGAAAAUUUCCAAUUGGUGCAUAUUAUACUUUCCUAGUGAUUUCUCUCAGUAUCUAUCAAAAAUAAGGUGUCAUUUAUUGCUUCCUUACCAGGUUAUAUUAAGAUUUAUGUAGUUUAUAAUGUGUAAUAAUUUUGCACCUGUGGUGCACGAUUCCCAACUGACUUGACAAUCCAUACUGCUAAGAACACCUGAGGUAUGUUUAAGCCCUGGGUUGAUGUAAAGUUCAUUGACAGGUGGAUAUUUUAGGUCGUAAGUCCAAAAAUGUCCAAAUGUGGAUAACCACUUAAAAUGAAUGUGACUCAACUUCUCUUGGACUGAAUAGAGUUGAAUCUUUUAAACGUUGGCACUUUUAUUGUUAAAUCUAUAGUGAAAACCUCUCCAACUGUUACUUGUAAAAUCUCCAAUGAUUUUCUGUAGUGUACCAAUCCAUAUAACCUCUCCCACUGCAUGCCCUCAACAUAUAAACAGCCUCGAGCUAUACACUGCACAUGUGUGAUCCUGCAAUCUGGCUCAAUGUGUAAUAGGAACAUGUUUCUAUUUCCUCCUGAGAGUUUGUAUACGGCUUGUUCACGGAUUCCGGACCCUCUGAUCUCUGCAGUGCAUGAACUUUGAUGUGGAUCGCGUCUGCUGCGAGACAUGUGCUUCUUAUAUAGGGUAUUAAAGAGCAGAGUGAGCCCAUGUAGUUUAGUUUUAAAUCAGGAACCACAGAAUUAUGUUCUGCACUACAGAAAAACUCUUUGUUUCAAUUUUUUUAUUCGCUCUGUCUUUUUCUCUCCCUCAUUUAAAUUUGUCAUGCGUGGAACACAUUCUGCAAUGGAUCUUUGCAAACCCUGAUUUAUUUUACAACGUCUUGUUAUCAAGUAUUUAAUGUAAAAACCCUCGCCAUAAUGCUAAUGUUACUCUAGGCAGUCUUCUGCCGAAGGGCUUCUCUAAAUAACAGAUCGUAGACCGGGGGAUCUUAAGCAGAUUGCAAGGUCUGUUGUCGUGAUCCAGAUAUGCCUCUGGUAUACAACUUAACAUUGUUCCUUCUGCUCUCUUGGUUCAACCUGGGACAGGCGGUGAGAGGUAAAAUCGGACAGCUGCAGGCCCCUCAGGGUGACUUGGCCCUAAGCAAACACAUCUGCGUUAAUAAGAAGACUUUGUAAAAUUUUAUGUAGUGAUUGUAGACUUUACCUGCAGCUUUCUGGUCUUGUGCAAUAGCUUCCUCAUAUUUCUUAUUGUUGACAUUUCACUAGAUCUAUGUUUCACCCUAACACAUUUUUUUUUAAAUAUUUUUUUUAAAUGAUAUUCUAGGCAUCAAAACAACUUUAGCUUAAAGAAGCAGUUUGGGUGUAUAGAUUAUAUAUACCUCUUCAGUCUCACUGCUCAAUUCUUAUGUAGCCCUAGUCACACCUUCUCUGGCUGUGACUCACACAGCCUGCAUGAAAAAAUUUGUUUCAUUUUCAAUCAGAUGUUAACUUGCUUUAGUAGUUUUACCUUCUGCUCUAUUAAUGAAACUUUAAUCACAUACAAGAGGCUCUAUAAAGUAGGCUAUUAACAGAGCAGAAGAUAAGAAAUUCUAGAUUAAACAGAAUGUGCAGCACUUUCAGGUACUAUUUAUGAAGGCUGUGCAAGUGACAUGCAGGGAGGUGGACUCGGGCUGUAUAAAGAAAGUGAUAUAAUUCCUAAAUAGCAGAGAAGUGAGCAGUGAGACUGCAAGGGACAUCUAUAUACCAAAACUGCUUUAUUAAGCUAAAGUUGUUUUGGUGCUUAUAGUAUUCCUUUAACUCUUGCAUCAAUUCUUUCUUUUUUCUUUUUACGAUAAAUAAUGGUAAAUAUAGCAGUCAGAGUAAAUACUCAACACAAUAAUAAAUUGUUCAAACUCAUACACUCCUUGUGGAAUAAACCCUUUCCCCACCACCACCACCAGGGGGCUUUAAUUGAGAGUGAGCAUUUGGAAUAUACAUUGAGCAGCUUCGCCAGAUAACAAGAAAUAUGACUGCUUCUGGUAACUUUAGAACUAGUAAGGCCUGCUUUACCAGUGAUGUGGAAAACCACCACUAACAUUGUGACAGCCAUUAUUUCCAAGUUUAAUGGUAUUGUCAUCGUCCAUAUAGAUUGAUAGGAAGGUCAUCUUCCAGUAGGUUUACCCAUUUAAUAUGUACAUAUUAUAUCCGUAAACCAUGCACCUUGUAUCAAAAAAGCAGACAUCUUAGGUCCAAAAUGGCACCUUGCACGGGUUUACAAAGAUUAGCACCCUGGGUAGUCACUAAAAUGACAGUGGGCGGGAGGGAACAUGCCGAGAUUAAAGCAAAAUGUUGCACUGGAGUUUUGAACUGGAGUGAAUCUUCGUCUGAAUACUGUGUUUAUUGAGCUACUUGCAUGGAAUCCAUCUCCCAUGUGGUUUAUACACCUAACUUGGUAAAUGGAGAGUUUGGACACCAUGGAUCUCUUAACCCUUUAGAUGUUCUUCAUAUCCCCAAGUGGCAAUCAAGUAUGUGUCAGUGGCAACAAGUAUCUCUUUUUGUGCAUGUCCUUCUCACUACUUGUGGGCACACGUGCUGCCAAGAAUGGAAUGGAACUGAACAGUAGUUGGGUAGACAGGAAUUCUGGAUUUGGGUAGACAGUGAAUUUAUAUUUUGAAAGGAUGAGGGAUGAGUGGAGCUGGUUCGGGGUGCCAAAUGUUGAUCAAUAUAGUGUCCUCAGCUGUCAAACCCUGAAGCAAAUAAAACACUAACACCACAGUCUAAUUCAGGGGUCCUCAAACUCCCGCCCCCAGAUCUUGCUGAACUACAACUCCCAUGAUUCUCUGGUUAUCUAUGUAAUUCAAAGAAUCAUGGGAGUUGUAGUUCAGCAACAUCUGGGGGGCCAGAGUUUGAAGACCCCUGGUCUAAUUCAAUGCUACAGCUGGACGGAGAGAAAGGAUGCCUUCCCAUCUGCUAAAAAAACUGCAAACCGCUCUCUGGUCUGGAUUGUAUCAUUCUUCACCUUUGUGUCAAAACAGAUUGGAGACAGAUUUCUUUCUGUUCUUGUUCAACAGAUGUUUAUAGGAUGGAUCAUCUUAAUAGAACCCGGUGUGACAAAAAGAAGGAUCAGGACUACACUAGGAAAGCUCUCUAUCCUGUUGUAUUGUUUGACAAAUAGAAGAGAUGGAUAUUUAUAGAGACAAAUGAUGUUUUUGGACCCUUACUGCACGAAUGGUAAUGUCAUCUGCACAGUUAUUCCCUGUAAUAAACGGGUAAUAAUUCACGGAUUGUCUCCAUGUGGAUUGAGGGUCUAAACUCAAGCAGGACGUGUAUGUCCCAUUUCUGGACUUACAGUAAAGGCUUCCACACUACAAUAUACAACACAAUAAACCCUAUGUUAUCCUAAAACACUACACUAACAUGAACCCCUACACUACACAUUACCCCGACACUACACAUUACCCCUACACUACACUGACAUUAACCCCUGUACUACACAUUACCCCGACACUACACUGACAUCAAUCCCUACACUACACAUUACCCCGACACUACACAUUACCCCUACACUACAAUGACAUUAACCCCUGUACUACACAUUACCCCUACACUACACUGACAUUAACCCCUACACUACACAUUACCCCUACACUACACAUUACCCCUACACUACACUGACAUUAACCCCUAUACUACACAUUAACCCCUAAUUAUCACUAAUAUUAAAUUUUAACUCCUACACACUAACUUCUACAGUGCACUAACACUAGACAGUAACCCCUACACAUCACUAACACUAAAUGUUAGCCCCUACAUUACACACUAAUCAACUACACAAUAACCUCUACACAACACUGCACAUAAACCCCUAUACUACACAUUAACCCCUACACUACACAUUAACUAAUGGUAACAUCACUAACACUACACAUUAACCCCUACACAUCACUAAAACUAAAUGUUAACUCCUACAUAUCACUACCUUUACAUUUACACUAACACUAAUGCUAACCAAAAAAUAUUGUGUAAUCUAAAAGAUGCGUGAUGGUGAAGCAUGUAUUAUGGGAAAUAAUGCCAUCUGGGUGAGGGAGGAGAGAGAUGUAGGGAUAGGUCGGGGUAUAGAAGUGAUACAUAAAAGGUGGUUGGUGCGGGCAAGAAGAGAGUGAAAAGUGGAAAGGUGUGCAUAGGAUGAUACAGCAUGGGAGAGCGGGUGGUAAGAUUAGGCAAAAAUCUGAAUGGGUUCUGGGAAGAAACACAUCAGUACGGGAAUCAUCGAGAAAACACGUACAGAGAUACCAGUGCUAGAGGGGUCAUGUCGGACAUUCAGUGGGUCCAUGAAAAAACUGUCUGAAGGAGAGUAUGUGCUGAGCGCAGGUAGCAAAGGUUUGCCUGCAAGGCAUGGGAAAAGAAUGUCAGAGCCACAGCCUCCAGGCCAGGUCUGGUUAGUUCCCAAUAUAUACAUUGUCAUGAAACAUUUUAAUCAUAAUGGGAUUUUGAAUUCAUAACUCCUGGAAACCUAAACUUCUCUGUUUGCUGCAGGUUGGGGACACGACCUCCCCAGUCCAGAAUGGGAACAGAUCAUUCUGUAGUAACUUAUGGUGUUAAAGGAACACUAUAGGUUCAGGAGCACAAACAUGUAUUCCUGACCCUAUAGUGUUAAAAACACCAUCUAGCCCCCCUAAGCACCCCUGCCCCCUAAAUAUAGCAACAUCUUACCUUUAUUGCAGUCUGCUGCUGCUGGCUCUGCCCCUGAUCUGCCUGCAUGGCUGACAUAAUCAGAAGUGGUGUUCUGAGCAAAUCACAAUGCCUUCCUAGAGGAAAGCAUUGGAUUGGCUGAGACUGUCAAUGAGGCAGAUCAGGGGCAGAGCGAGCACAAGCCAAACACAGCCCUGGCCAAUCAACAUCUCCUCAUAGAGAUACAUUGUAUCAAUACAUCUCCAUGAGGAAAGUUCGGUGUCUCCAUGCAGAGGAUGGAGAAACUGAAUGUCAGUUACAUUGUCUAGCACUGCCUCUGAAAAGACCGUGUUUACUGCAAAAAGCCUGAACGGAAUGAUUAUACUCACCAGGACAAAUACCGUAAGAUGUACUUGUUCUGGUGACUACAGUGUCCCUUCAAAGAUACCCCCUCCAUGAUUGUGCCACAUGAAUACCAGGAAUUCCAUACACUGGGCUCCCCCAGGCUUCAUCCAACAGAUCUUGUGGAGCAGAUUAAAAAGCAAAGCAAUGAGGGUCAUUGAUGUAUAGGGAGCUUUUAAUUUAGACCAAGUCAGGAAGACGAGGUAGAUCAAAUGGGACUCAACAAAUCCAUUGAUCAUUUUCCAGGAAAUACAGUUAUAACCACAUGGGGAGGGGGUGGAACAAUGUGACUGAGCAAUGUCCCUUGGCUGGUGUGCACACGGGCAGGGCAAUAUGGGAGUGGUAAUCUAUCUGGGAGUCUGCAGCUCAGCAGUCCUAAUAUUGACCUCCCAUCAUCGUAAACCCUGCUUGAAUACAGGUGAAGUUAUUAAGUAUAUUGAACUUGAAACCGUUUUCAUAGUGUUUUGUAUUGAAGCUGGAUGGCUGGAACAUUUGGCCAAUCAGCACGCAGAACCUUUGGACUCAUAAAGGAUUCAUACUUUGAACAGUGUUGAGUACUGAUGAGAAGAAUUGUGGAUCCCUGCCUUUUACAAUGUUUUGCCUUGAUAUUAACAUUUUGAUUCUUCUCCACAACAAACGAACAUUUAUCUAGUUGUUAAUAAUAGGUAAAGGGUGAAAUAAUUCCACAACAAUAAACGGAAAUGGUCACUUCUCUGGAAUUUAAACUAUAUAAUCAAACAUUGUAAAUAACCUAUAACUUGUGAUAAAGUGGCUCUGCCUCCUUCUGGGGUCUUUGCGUGUUUUACAAAGACCUCAGAUGGUGACUCUACUGCUUGCAAUGAGGUGGUCGUAGGGUGCAGUGAAAGGUGAGUUUUACUUACCUCACUCAGUCCAUCAUCUUCCUGACGGUCCUGGUUGUGAGAUGAUCAGAUGAAUCUGUGCUAUGACAAAGACUAUUUUGCUGCAUCUAAUUAGAACUCAUCAUGGCAUUACAUAGGCAUUGACAACCACAAGGUGACAUAUUGUUUCUCUUGCAAUAAUUCCUAUUAUUGGCUGUUAGUAAUAUCUGUGUGUGUUUCUCAUCGUGGGCACAAAGGUAAAAUACGCAUUUACUAGUGAUGGACCUUGGGGUAAAGACAAAGGACACCUAGCUAUAUCUGGCGUGUCUACCUUCCCUCAUUCUCAUGAGAUCAUCUUUCUUUUUAAUGCAUAUAUUUUUUCAUAUUGAACUUUUCAGUAGCUACUCAUUCUUUCUGGAGCGGCCUUUUCAUCUAACCUAACUGUAUUUGAUUGCUCAAUCUUUACAAUGUGUUUUGCCAGUUAAAUAACUCUCCUCUGUCAUAUAUUUGCCGGUCUGAUCACGAUCUAUAUAUAGGCAUGUUCUUAUCCGUAGGGCUUGUUAUCAUAGCUCUUCUCAGCUUACUCUUAUCAUCUCCACUUCGUGACUUCGUGACCUGAGGUAUGUCUCUGUCUAAUUAGAUCUGUCUCUAAACUGCUGUUUGGUUUGAGGUCUUCCAAAAUGUCCAAUUGGUGUCUAUGAGAUGAGCUCAGUGAGUCUAAAUCCAUUUGGCACUUUACGUAUCUUUGAGAUGACUACUCAACCGCUGUCUGUCUGUCUGUCUGUCUGUCUAUCUAUCUAGCUAUCUCUCCAUCUAUCUAUCUAUCUAUCUAUCUAUCUCUCCAUCUAUCUCUCUAUCUAUCUGUCUAUCUAUUUAUCUCACUGUCUACCUACCUAUCUACCUAUAUAUCUAUCUCUCCAUUGCUCCAUCUAUCUUUCUAUCUGCCUGCCUGCCUGCCUGCCUGUCUGUCUGUCUGCCUGUCUGUCUGUCGAUACAUCCCAUUUCCCAUGAUAUAGCAUAAAAGUCUCUGUUCUCCUUCGCUAAGAAAAUUCAAACAAAAAAAUGUGUUUUUUUUUAAAUUGCAAAAAUCAUUCUACUUAUUGUAACAUUGAUCCUAGAACUGGUAUUUAACAAAGACUUUACUGGGUAUCUAAAUCAUCACUGUUAGGAUAUAAAUUUUUAAAGGAUGCUGCUAAGUUUGGGGUCAAGAUCUUGGGAGACAUACAGCUAAGAGUGAAGCUAUUGGGUUUUAUUUAAGGGGCCUUAGAGUUAAGUGUGGUGGUUAGGGGUGGAGGGGCCUAAUACGUCAGGCUGAGAUUGAUGGGAGUUACCAUCCUUAACAUUUUUCAGUGUACCCUGUGCAAGAAUGACAGAUUCUCUGUUUAUUUAUUUAUUACUGGCAUUUAUAAAGCGCCAACAUAUUCCGCAGCGCUGUACAAUUGGGAAAGACAACACAAUAAGAACAGACCGAUACAAUAGGUAGAUCUAUAAAUUGCAUCCUAAGUGUGCUGCGUUUCUUUAAAACCUGUUCCAUUAUAACGUUGCUAUAAAGAUGUUUGAUUUUUACAAGCCGCCAUUUUAGAAUGAAUCUUACACUUUACGAGACUAAUACACCACUUAAACUUUAAGUUACUCUUUCUAAAAUAGUUUAAAAAUCAGAAUAUUUUUUACGUACUGCUCUGUAAUUAUCCUGUUCACUCUAUCACACAAUAAUUUAAAUAUUGGGCCGAGGUAGGCAAGUUCAAACCUCCAGAAUUCCAGCCUUAAACUUGAUAUUCACUUUGAUUUAACUUUGAAUUUCCAAAGAUUCUCCCGUUAGCGACUGACCUGGACAGUUGCGGCUGAUGGUCCCUUACCUCUCGAGAGACAGCUGCAUCUCAUCAAGGAUUGCUGAUUUGGGAUAUAUACUAUUUUGAAUGUUUGUCUAACUCUUGACCCGCACUUUCCUUUUUCAGGUCCUGCUGAAGGCCGACAAGAAGAAUUGUCCACACAAUCAAUACACAGACAGCGGGGAAUGCUGCCAUACAUGUGGAUUAGGAGAGGGGGUUGUACAGCGUUGUGGAGCAAAUCAGACUGUCUGCGAAACCUGUCUUGACAGUAUGUACAGACCUAAUCAUCUACUGCAAUUUACCCAAAUAGUUGCACUUCAGUGAGGCGUAAAACAAGACAUUUUAGGGGCAAGUUCUUCCUGCGGAAGACCAUUUAAAAAAAAGUGACUCCUACACAAGAUACUUUUGUAGACAAAUAAAUGGAACUGUCAUAUCGUUACUAUCUGUUAAACAACAAAGUUACAGUUUUUAUUACUUAUUUAAAAUUUAGCAGCAUUCAUCCAAGGCGGUUUGCUUGGAUUUUUGGGGGGUAGAUAGACGAGUGGAUGGCAGUGUUAAUUUUGUCGACUAACUAUUUUAGUCAAAUUUUCGAUGACUAACAUUUUUGAGAUUUAGUCGACUAAUACUAGACUUAAACUAAAACAAUACAGAUGACUAAAAUAUGACUAAAACUAAAAUGGCUUUUUAUCAAAAGACUAUGACUAAAACUAAACUGAAAUUUGUUGCCAACAUUAACAAUGCACAGAGUGGCUGUGGAAGGGGCAAAAGAGACAGACCAGGGCUUGGGAGAGAGAGACACCUAGAAGGGCUGGGAGGACACAAAGAGACACAGAGGGGCUGGGGAAGGGGCAAAAGAGACAGACCAGGGCUUGGGAGAGAGAGACACCUAGAGGGGCUGGGGUCACACAAAGAGACACAGAGGGGCUGGACAAGGGGCAAAAGAGACAGACCAGGGCUUGGGAGAGAGAGACACCUAGAGGGUCUGGGAUGACACAAAGAGACACAGAGGGGCUGGGGAAGGGGCAAAAGAGACAGACCAGGGCUUGGGAGAGAGAUACAUCUAGAGGGGCUGAGAGGACACAAAGAGACACAGAGGGGCUGGGGAAGGGGCAAAAGAGACAGACCAGAGCUUGGGAGAGGGACACCUAGAGGGGUUGAGAGGACACAAAGAGACACAGAGGGCUGCGGAAGGGGCAAAAGAGACAGACCAGAGCUUGGGAGAGGGACACCUAGAGGGGCUGAGAGGACACAAAGAGACACAGAGGGGCUGGGGAAGGGGCAAAAGAGACAGACCAGGGCUUGGGAGAGAGAGACACCUAGAAGGGCUGGGAGGACACAAAGAGACACAGAGGGGCUGGGGAAGGGGCAAAAGAUACAGACCAGGGCUUGGAAGAGAGAGACACCUAGAAGGGCUUGGAGGACACAAAGAGACACAGAGGGGCUGGGGAAGGGGCAAAAGAGACAGACCAGGGCUUGAGAGAGAGAGAGACACCUAGAGGGGCUGGGAGGACACAAAGAGACACAGAGGGGCUGCGGAAGGGCAAAAUAGACAGACUGAGGCUUUAUCUAAACCCAGUAGAUUUUAGUCUUGGUGACUAAAAUCUACUGGAGAUUUAGUUAACUAAAACUAAAACAAUUCAGAUGAUUAAAAUACGACUAAAACUAAAAUGGCUUUUUUAGUCAAAAGAAUAUGAUUAAAACGAAAUUAAAAUUUGCCACAAAACUUAACACUUGUGGAUGGUAAGUCAUGGCAACAGGGAGAACAUAAGGACCUAAGGGAUCCUUGUGCCAACCUCGAAUUGGGAUAUGGUCCGUUGUGCCAAUGUGAAUGUGUUUGGGAAGAGAAUGGGUCAGAAAUGGGCAAUGAGAGGUAGAGAAGGGGGUGAAUAAAGAGCUCCAAGACACUUAGUAGUGUAGAGCCCUAUUGUCUUCCAUGACCUCUGUUUAAGUUUCUAUAGGAAGUUUUGCAUGAAUUUGAGAACUUGCUAUGUUUUUGAAAAAUAUUAUUUUGACUAUUUCUGUAUGCAUCUGAUUAACAUAAGUGUAAAUCUCUGUAUUUUGAACACAUUUUAUGUUGGGAUUUUUUUUAGUAAUUUUUAGGGGAGGGGGACCACGUGCACACGCUAAUGCAAUGCCAAUUACGAAGUCAAUGAACAACUAAAGAGGAAUUGUUUCCUAUCACAUUUAAACAAAUUAACCCAUCUGGUCAUAUCUGGAGAAAAUCAUUGCCAAACAUAGUUUGCAGUUUGCUUUUUGGGGUAUGUUUCAGGCUUAGAAAAAGUAGAGGUUGUGCUUACGCAAAUGUUGACGCUGCUUAAACAGGUCGCCUAAUAAGCAUCGGCAACAUUGUUUAGCUUAGUAAAUAACAUUAUCAUGGGUAGAACAUGAAUAUCAUAUCGAUCAGACACUUACCUAAAUGUACCUUUAACCGUUUCUGUGGUUUCUAUAUGCUCGCGUGACUCUCAGUGACGCCACCUGUCCAUUAUGUGGUCAGUGUGUGUUCAGAGAAAUGCUUAAAAUAUUUAUAUGAUGAAUUUGAAGGGAUAUGAUCACUAAAGAUUAAGCAGUGGUGAAUGAAUAAAGAGAAAUUACAAAACAUUUGCCAAAAAAUGCUAAUUUUUCUUAACUUUCCAGUUUCGACCUGAUUUUGUUUAUUAAUUUGCCACGGUCCACUGAUUAGUGCGUAAACCCGAAAAUGAUUAAAAAAUUAUGGUGAACGUUGUAGAUCUGAGGUACCCAAAAUGAAGAGCGUCAGCAAUUUAACUACAGCUCCCAGCAAUUUCCUUGUAAACCAAAUGCCAGAGAAAUUGUUUUAUUUCAACAACAGAGCUCUUUUUAAUCAAAUAAUUCCGAGCAUUUUAUUUUUGCCAAAACCACUGCCAAAUUGUAAAUUUUUCCCAGUUUUGUUUAAUAAAAGUUUGCAGCAGCAUGCCGUUACGCUCAUAGAAAAAUGUUUAGUGCAAGUAUAACCAUUUCAGUGCCUGGUAUAUUUAUGUCUAUAGAAUAUUUUAUAAUACAAUGAAAUGAGAACGUAUUUAUAUAAUCAUACCAGAAUCUCUGAUACUGCAUAUAAUCCCUCGCUACAAAUUAUCUAAAUGCUCUGUAGCAAAUCUUCCUAUAAAAUCGUCUCGUAUCCCCUUGUGUAGACAAUGGGUUAAUUUUACAGCUGCUCCCCAGACAUGGGCACUACUCUGCCCCCCUCAGGGUAGCCUCUCUUUAUGUCCUUCAAAUCAAAAUCUGGAUUAUAUCUGCCAUAAUGUAAACCUCAUUACUACAAAAUCAAUGGCACCCUCCCCUCUUCCUCCUAUGUCCUUGACUGUGACCUUGGGAGGACAGAGAGUGUUCAUUGUCAUAGACUGCAAUGUAGAAGCAUCUCUAAUAUUUACGUAUCACAUCAAGAAAGAAAGAUGUCUAAUUCGGGAGGGGUAAAAAACACUUAACAAUGAGAAGCUUUGUUUAAAGAAUGGUUUGAUCACUCAAUAAAACAUCCAUUCUCACAGAGGGCAGCGUUACUUUUCGGAAAUGAGUCGGACUUCUUCAAAUUUAUUUGUGUUCUGAUCGAGCAGUGAGUUAUUCAAUUUAUUUUGUGGGUUUAUAUGUUGAAAGAACAAAGAUAUAUACAUCAUAAUUGAAAACAUUUUGUGGACAUUUGUGAAUUUGCCUACAUGUCAAUAUAACAUUUAAUCUUUUGUCUAUAUGUUGCCUGACUUUCUAUCAGGAAAAUUAAUGAAAGGAAGUUGUAUCCCCUUACUCUUGAUCUUCAGAAGGUCCAUCAACAUUAAACUCUUUUAUUCUCAUAACCAAGCCAGCCCCAAGAGAUAACAGUACAUGAAAGGUAAAACACACAAAGCAAUACUCUUUCUAUGAUCUGAUGAGUUUUAGACCAAGGUCUCAUCAUAACGCAGUCACAUUCUAUUCCCUGACUCAUUUUUUUGUAAAGUGCAUAGGGGUGGGGACCGCGUUUGCAUUAGCAUGAGCACUCAGUGAAAAUGUAAAAAUACUAAAUGAAAGAAAAGAUGUGCUGAAUAAUUAUUAUUAUUAUUAUUAUUAUUAUUAUUAUCUUUUUUUGCUCUACUGAUAAAUAGGCAUGUAUAGAGAUUUUAUUCAAACACAUAACAAGUUAAAGGGACACUGGAGGCAGCCAGACCACUUCUGCCCAUUGGAGUGGUCUGGGUGCCUACUCCCACUACUCUUAACCCUGCAAGUGUAAUUAUUGCAGUUUUUAUAAACUGCAAUAAUUACCUUGCAGGGUUAAGUCCUCCUCUAGUGGCUGUCUAUCAGACAACCACUAGAGGGACUUCCGGCAUCUUAGAACACAAAGUUUUUUUUUAACGACGCUGGACGUCCUCACGCUAUGCAUGAGGACCUCCAGCGUUGCCAGAAUCCGCAGCGCAUGCUCAUUAGGUCUCCCUCUCUGGCUGACGUCAGCAGGGGAGGAGCGUGGGCGCAGCCUGACCCGGCGCCAAGGGACAUCUGCCCUGGAUUCAGGUAAGUCACUGAAGGGGUUUAAACAUCUUCAGCAACAUGGGAUGGGGGGUGGCAGGGAGGGGGCACUGCAGCAGCCUGCAGUGCCAGAAAAAUGGUUAUGUUUUCCUGGCACUGGACAGUUCCUUUAACUCAAACUCACACAGAAUUGUGCAGAAAAAGCUUAGCAGAGCAUACAAAGAGUAUGUGUAAUUUUCCGCUGCAUCUGACACGGCUAUGAUAAAGUUAUAGGGUUCUAAAUCUUGGGUCAUUCUAGUCUGACUUCACCUUGACUUACAGUGAGUACAGUGUUUUUUAUAUUGGGUCCACUAAUCUAGGACACAGAAGGUCAUAAUACUGCAAUAUCACAUAGUAAAGGUUUGGUUUAGUGUGUUAGUGUUUGGGCUGAAGUUAGUGUUAGGACUUAGAUUAGUGUGUUGGAGUUUAUGAGUUUUGCAGCUGCAUAUAUAGUUGUCAUCUGAGAGACUAACUCCCACUAAUCUCAGGCAGACUGGGACAUCCAUGACCUGGCAUUGCCCUUUGAUUAGGAAUUAGUGGCAGUAAAAAUAUGCAUUAUGGCGAACAGUGUGCAAAUGAUAUCUCCCACAUUGCCGAAUGCGAUUUGAAAAUGAUUUACCCAUUGACGUGACGACCAGAUCAUAUAAUACACAUAUAUUACUAUAAAAAUAUUUUAUAUAGCGUGCUGUAGCAUCAUCAAUGAUAUCAAUCUUGUCUCAUCAUAGUCCAUUUACAGCUCUCAGAGCAUGUUAUUGACCUGGUCCAGGUUUGGCCUACGGACAGUUAUUACUGAGUCACCAGAGAUGAGUUAAUAUUAAACCUUGUAUGAGGUGAUAAUACUUGGAACAUGCGCUGGUCUAAGCUGUGGUUUGUAAACAUUUUAAAGUUAGUUUCAGCGAAACACAGUAACAAACUCUCUUUGUAUCCUAAAUAUCCUAAAUAAAUAGCCAAACUGGAUAUUGGAGAAUUGUUCCAGUUGUGCUACUCUGGCCUUACUUUUCAAAUUCACUUUAAAUUCCUCACAAUUCUCAUGUCAGUAAAUAACCCUGUAACUCUUGCUGAAUCAUAAGUGCCAAAUCAGUGUCCAAUUAAAACAGAAAUCCCAAAAUAGCUAAAACUACAAAACCAAAAUAGGUUAUAGGUGAAUGAUCUACAUAUCCCUAAAUCCUGUAAUUGCCUCUAGAAAGAGCUGAUUACUUUUUUUUUUUUUUUCUCAUCUUAAAAAACAUACCACAGCUGAGACAAUUUUGGCAGAUGCACGUAUUAAUUCCUGUACACAGAACGAAGCACACUGUUUAGAAAGCCAAAGUUUUUGGCCAAAACCAGGCUGGACAGAAAAAUAAAAAUAAACCUUUGUUUUCUGUAAUGUUGCACAAUAAACAUUAGAUUUAAAAAAACAAAACAAAAAGGAGUUGAUGAAAAAUCAUAAAACACGCAAAAUAUUAAUAAAAAAACCCAGCUUUUACAACAUCCUUUCUAAGCUGCAAAAUUACCUCCCAGAGGGGACAGAAAUUGCCAUAAAGAGCUCAAAUUCUACGGAGUUUGCUGGAGUUGACAUGCAUCAGCACAGAUAGGCUUCACGCUUGCUUUGGAAUUGUCCGAACAUAGCCAAAACCCACUCCUUGUAUGGCUUGGAUCCAAAUGUUUCUUAGAAAACAGAAACAAAAUUGCUUACUUAACAAUCAUAUUGGAUUCUCUAAAAUGGAUAUUCAUGGAUAUGCUAUAGCGAAUUGAAUUAAAAUAAAUGGCUUUUUUUUGUGUGUUUUGUUGGGCAAAUUUCACUAUUGUCCAUUUAUCUAUGAAUACAAUUAGUUGUAAUCAAGAUUGUGGUGAUCUACCUAUUUAAUCAAAGCCAGUUUGUUGUGGGACCUUCUCCCUUUCCCUCCCAAUGCGGAAUGCGUGGUAUUGCACCCCCUCUUCCCCUCCAUUUAUUAUGUAUUAUUGCACCUCACCACUUCAUUUGCCUCCAUCCUAGGGUGGAGAGGUAAGAUUGAAUAUAACUACUCCUUGCACAACAUCUUAUGUGCUGUGAAAUUUGGAUACAAAUACAAAUCUUUUAUUCCAAACAUUAUACUGCCCCCUGGUUCCCCCCUUCCUUGCAACCAGGUCCAGACUGGCCAUCAGGCAUACCAGGCAAAUGCCCGGUGGACCGCGAUGGCCAUGGGCCGAGGCUAGAGGUCUCUCACCACUAGGACCACCAAGGAUAUAAAGUUUGUUUUUUAUUAAUACAUAUUUAUUUAUAAAAUACAUAUUUAAUAUAUUUAAAUUGAUCUGUCUUCCCCCACCCCCCCACACAAUCCCUCCAAACAUAUUCACACACAGCAUCCUCACAGCCAAUGGCGUACACACAAUCCAUGGGGCCCCGGCGCGAAAAUUGAUCCAUGGACCCCUCCCCCCCCCGCUUACUCGGCGUGGGCCGGGGCCCCAACACAUGGCGGCAGAUAAACUGCUAUGUUUCACUGAGGGUUAAUUCAGCCUCUAGUAGCUUUCUCACUGACAGGCGCUUCCGCGAUUCUCACUGUGAAAAUCACAGUGAGAAGACGCUGGACGUUCAUAGGAAAGCAUUGAGUAAUGCUUUCCUAUGGGUGGUUUGAAUGCGCGGGCGGCUAUUGCCGCGCAUUCACAUUCGGAGCUGAGAGACGGAUCGGGGAGGAGAGAUCCCCAGCGCCAAGGGAGCCCGGCGCUGGAGAAAGGUUAAGUGCUGAAGGGGUUUUAACCGCACACACACACUAGCUAACAGACGCAUACACACUAGCUAACAGACACACACAUUUACUGACAGACACACACUCAGUGACAGACAUACAUACACACUCACUGACAGACAGACACACUCACUCACAAAACUUACACUCUCACUGACAAACACACACUCACUAACAGACACCAAACAGACUCACUAACAGACACAUACUAACAGAGACACACAAACUAACACACUCAGUAACAGACACACACAGUAACACACUCACUGACACACACACUAAUACACACACACUGACCCUCACUAGCAGACACACACUCAAUAACAAACACACACAACUAACACACACACAAAAACUAACACACUCACUGACACUCACUAGGAGACACACACUCAAUAACAGACACACACAAACACACAACUAACACACUCACAUUUUUUUAUUUAAUCCCCCAGCCUCCCUACCUUUGGGAGUGCUGAGGGGAUUCCUGCUUUCCCUGGGGUCCAGUGGGGCUGCCCGGCGGCUGGUCCUGCAGGUGGCAAGGGAGCACUGAUCCUCCUGUUCAGCUGCCUCGCGCGCUGCUUACUGAUGCCAGAGCCGGAGUGACAUCAUAUUCCAGCUCCGGCAUCACUGCGGUGUGCUUGAGGGAACUGAACAGAGAGCACUCAGGGGAAUAUGCUCCCUCGCUGCCAGCCUCGGGGGGCCCUGAGGUGGCCAGCUCCUGGGCCCCCCAGGAGAAGAGACUGGCAAACCGGCGUACAUACGGGCCCCCUGGUGGGCCGUCUCCGGUCGCAGCUGCUAACCCCUGCGACCAUGGUAUGUACGCUAGUGCUCUCAGCACCCUCACACACACUCACAGCACCCUCACACACACAGUACCCUCACACUCACAGCACCGUCACACACAGCAUCCUCAUACUCACAGCACCCUCACACACUCACAACACCCUCACACACACUCCCAGCACCCUCUCACACACAGCCCCCCUCACACACACACACACAGCAACCUCACACUCACAGCCCCUCUUACACACACACACAGCACCCUCACACUUACAGCACCAUUAGACACACAUUUAAAGCACCCUCACAAACACAACACCCUCACACAUAAAGCAGCCUCACAAACACAACACCCUCACACAUACUCACAACACCCUCACACACAUUCACAGCACCCUCUCACACACAGCCCCCCUUACACACACACUCACAGCGCCCUCACAAUCACAGCACCCUCACACACUUACAACACCGUAAGACACGCUCACAGCACCAUGUCUCUCACACACACAGCACCUUCACACACACACAAUACCCUCACACACACAGCACACUCACAAACAGCACCCACACACAUCACCCUCACACCCCCUCUUACACACACACACACACUCACAGCAACAUCACACUCACAGCACCCUCUCACACACACAGGGCUCUCACAGCACCCUCACACACACACAGCACCCUCACGCACACAGCACCUUCACACACACACACACACACACCUCAAACUCACACACACAGCCCCUUUACACUCACAGAACACACACACACAAACAGCACCCUCACAUACACAGCACCCUCACACACACACUGCACCCUCACACACACAGCACCCUCAGACAUACUCACAACACCCUUACACUCACAUCAUUCACACACACAUACACAGCACCCUCACACACACACACAGCACCCCCCACACACAGAACCCACACACACUCACAGCACCCUCACACACACAGCAUCCUCACACUCACAGCACCCCCUCACACACACAGCACCCUCACACUCACAGCCCCUCUUACACACACACAGCACCCUCACACACACACACAGCACCCUCACGCACGCACACACAGCACCCUCACAGUCACAGCACCCUCACACACACACCCAGCACCCUCAUACUCAUAGCACCCUCACACACACACAGUGCCCUCACAAUCACAGUGCCCUCACACACCCUCAGACACACUCACAGCACCCUCUCUCACACACACAUCACCCUCACACUGACAGCCCCUCUUACACACACACACACACUCACAGCACCUUCACUCACCUUCACAGCAACAUCACAUACACAGCACCCUCACACACACACACACACACACUGCACCCUCACACACAGCACCCUCAGACAUACUCACAACACCUUUUCACUCACAGCAUUCACACCCACAUACACAGCACCCUAACACACACACACACAGCACCCUCAAACACACUCACAGCACCUCCACACACACUCACAGCAUCCUCACACUCACAGCACCCACACACCCACACACAUCACCCUCACAUUCACAGCUCCUCUUACACACACACACACUCACAGCACCCUCACACACACACAGCACCCUCACACACCUCAAACUCACACACACAGCCCCUUUACACUCACAGAACACACACAAACAGCACCCUCACAUACACAGCACCCUCACACACACACACACACACUGCACCCUCACACACACAGCACCCUCAGACAUACAACACCCUUACACUCACAGCAUUCACACACAAAUACACAGCUCCCUCACACACACACAGCACCCCUCACACACACACACAGCACCCUCACAAACACUCACAGCACCUCCACACACACUCACAGCACCCUCACACACACAGCAUCCUCACACUCACAGCACCUCCUCACACACACACACAGCACCCCUCACACUAACAGCACCCUCACACACACACCCAGCACCCUCAUACUCACAGCACCAUCAGACACACAGCACCCUCACACACACAGCACCCUCAGACAUACACACACACAGCACCCUCACAAUCACAGCACCCUCACACAUACUCACAACACCAUCAGACUUACUCACAGCACCCUCUUUCACACACACACACAGCACCCUCACACACACAGCACCCUCACAAACACUCACAGCACCCUCACACACAUCACCCUCACACACAUCACACUCACAGCCCAUCUUACACACACACACACACACACACACUCACAGCACCCUCACACACCUUCACAGCAACAUCACACUCACAGCACCCUCACACACACACAGUACUCUCACAGCACCCUCACACACACAAAACACACACACACACAGCACCCUCACACUCACAGCACCUUCACACACACACACACCUCAAACACACACACAUCCCCUUUACACUCACAGAACACACACACACAAACAGCACCCUCACAUACACAGCACCCUCACACAGACAUACUCACAACAACCUUACACUCACAGCAUUCACACACACACACACAGCUUCCUCACACUCACAGCACCUCCACACACACACAACAUCCUCACACUCACAGCACCCUCACACAGACACAACACACUAACAGAUCCCUCACACACACAGCUCCCUUUACACUCACAUAACUCACACACACAGCUCCCUUUACACUCACAGAACUCAUACACAGCACCCUCACAACAGGCCCAGACUCACCAUUGGGCAUACUGGGAAAAUGAGGGUGGGCCGCGAUGGCCGUGGACCGAGGCCUGCAGGGGAGAUCACAGGAUUUUUGUCCUCUGGCAUCCCACUUAUGGAGACACCAGAGACAAGUUACAGUGCAAGCAUGUUAUUAAAUUUGCUUGUGCUGCGCAGAAAAAAUACAGGGCCUUUUUUUUCAGCAGGGCUCUGCGCAUUGAACCAACAUGCUCACUUUGAGAGGGGGCGUGCUUGUCAUUAGUGAUGACAAAACACACCCUCUCUUGCCCCGCCCCCUUCUCAGGGGGCCGCUGUGAUUGAAAAGUGCCCAGGCCGAAUUUGUUUCCCAGUCCAGCCCUGCUUGCGACCCUUCUCUCCAGUACAUAAAAGGUUAAAAAAAAAACUUAAUUUAUCCACACAAUUCCAGCGCAGAUGUCCCUCAGGGCUGGUCACUCCAACUUCUUUGCAUCAUUCAGCGGGGGUACAGGGGUGCUACAUAAGGAUAAACUACACAACCACAGAAAAGGAAGAAAGUACCUGUGUACUGGCUCUAACAACCCAAGCAACACAAUUCCCUUUUCACCUUUUAGAGUGUAAGCUUUGCUGGCAAGUUGACAGUUGAAUAUGUUUUAUAAAAAACGAACAUAUAAAGGUUGAUAGAUAUUAAAGUGCACACAGCAAAAUUAUAAAUAUUAGGUAAUAGUUUUAUAUGUACAUUGCAACAAAAAAUAUAAAAAAGGAAUAAUAGGUUAACCUGUAAUGCUAUUAUAACGAACUAUUAAAUCACUAUAAUUGUCAACUCGUAUGGCUCAGAGACAAACAGACACUGGCUCUCCAUGCCGGUCACCACCUGUGCGAAGUUCUUGUAUGGAGCUUCUGUUAUCCUUGUGAGCUAAGCCCUGCUGUGCAGAGCUGCUCAUUGGCUGAGAGCAUCAGAUGACCACUCUCGCCCAAUCGGCUAAACCCAGCUAGUUAGCUCAGAGGACGAGGAGGAGACUGAGACCUAGCGGACCAGUUGUCAAACUGUGUCAACAGUUUGGCCACUGACAUUGGGUGUCACCAGGGCACUCCUAGCACCAUAUAUUCUAUAGUAUUCUGUGGUAGUUAUGGAGAUUGAGAUUUCCUUAAAAAUUGGUUCUAAUAAACUGUGGUCUUGGGAUCAUUUAUUGACGUCCUCACCGUGAAUAAAGUCCAUAUGGAACUUAUACAGAAAUCUAUAUAUGUUUGUUUAUAUUGAAGUAAUUUCAUUGGUGCUAUCCAAAGCUGGAUUUUAGGGUGGUAGGGAGGUUUCCGAGGAAUAUUUAUGUAUGAUGCAUUAUCGAGGCAGGUAACAUCUUACUAUUAUUUCUCUGAGAAACCUUCUGCAAUAUCUCCUAUGAUAUCUCAUAUCAUUUCUUAUGACGACACUUUUCUUUCUCUGCAGGCGUGACAUUUUCCGACACUACUAGCCACACGGAAGCUUGUAAGCCAUGCACAGAAUGCACUGGAAGCAGACGUAUGAUAGCUCCAUGUGUGGAGACAGAUGACGCUCUAUGCGCCUGUGCCUAUGGAUCUUUCGAGGAGGACCACAAAUGCAAGCAAUGUAAGACUUGCCCAAAGGGCAAGGGUAUGAUAAUGUCCUGCACAAUGACCCAAGACACUCUUUGUGAGACGUGCCCGGAAUUCACCUACUCAGACGUUGACAGCAGCAUGGAUCCCUGCCUACCAUGCACGAUCUGUGAAGACGAUGAGAUAACGUUGGAGGAAUGCACUCCCACGUCUGAUACAGUCUGUUACAGUAAGUUUGGAUACCAGAUUUCCACCACUGUCCACGAUGAAUAGUUCUAUAAAAGCAUGGUGGAUGGUUUUUCUUUAUAGUUUGGUCUGACAUUCACAAUAUUAUUUCAUUCACAUACUGAUACUUUUUUUAGGUUGCCGGUUAACAGAAAGAGGAAUAUGUUAAAUUCCAUAAUUUUCUGUAAUUAAAACUGAAUUAGCCAUAAAAUUCAGGUAGCACAGCUGAAAAAGUUAAUUUUUUUGUAGAUUUUAUAUUGAAGAAACUUUCCUUAUAGCUUCAUAUUUUACUCAACUGCACUUGUUUCAGUUAAAAUACCAUUGACUUUGGAAAUGUAAAAUAGCUUAAAUUAUCAUUUGGCUAAGUGAUAAGAAGUCAACUUGCAGUAAGUUGAACAACUUCGUACAUUUUGUUUAGUACAUAUUGUCCACAUUUUCCAGUUUAAACUAGAAUACGAAUCAUUUGAACUGGAACAUUUAAAUCUGUGUUAAAAAAGCUAAAUGUGUACAAAACAUAAUACUUGAUUUGACUCAAUUUUCUUGCAUCAACUAAAAGAUUCAUUGAAAAUUAAUAAAAAGUUAACAAUGUCAUAAAUAUAUAUAUAUAAAGCCAAGUUUCAGGAUUGUUCACUAAAGUGAGAAUUCAAAGUGAAUUUAAAAUGUACGGUCAAAUUAGCUGAAUUGGAAAAACUCUUUAAGUCAGCCAUGCUAUUAAUUUGGCUCAUCUGAACGUAACUUUGAAAUUCACUUUAAAUUCUCACUUCAGUGAAUAAUCCUGUGUGUCUUUCCUAAUAUCCCUCAUAUGCGGAGAAUGAGCAGCUUGUGCAGAGAUCAGGAAGUAGCUGAGAUCGUUCAGCCAAACAUUGUGCCUCUGCUGUUUUAAAUGGGAGAGCUGUGGCUUUGCCUUAAAUCUCUGAUGUAUGCAUGGAGGAUAGGUAGGUAGGUAUUGGGUGGAAGGUUCCUGCAAAGCAGGAUUCUCCAAACUCUGGCCCACCGGAUGUUGCUGAACUACAAUCCCUCUUCUUCUUUUAAUGAAAUAGAUAGCCAGAGAAUCUAGGGAGUUGUAGUUCAUCGACAUCUGGAGGGCAAGAUGCAGAGAACUCUGCUCUAAAAGAAUGUUCUUUGGAAUGACAAAAUCGUCGGAAGGAAUUCUCUCCCUGAAGAUGUUGAUGAAUUUUUUGUAUUAUUAUUUUUUUAAAGCAGGACGUUCCAGGGUAUUAGUUAAUAUGAAAGAUAUGAACAGUGUGUUGAUCCAAGACGAAAUCCAAUUGUCCAUUUAGGGUCAAGAAGGGAUUUGCUCCCUUUUUGCAGAGAAAUUGAGAGAGUUCUCCAAUGUGUUUUUUCAGCUGCUUUUGGAUCAACAGCGGAGAUGAGAAAGGUUGAACUUGAUGGAUUUGAGUCUUUUUUCGACACAUGUAACUAUGUAAGAGGGAUCAGUAGAAACACAAAGAAGGAAGCAAAUUUUAGAUCCAAGAGCAGCCACAAGUAAGGUCGAAAACCUAUAGUCUUGUAAAUUGGAGUUUUCAAUAAAUUUAAAGGAAAACUCUCACCCUCAUAACAACGUAAGCUAAUUCAAGUAUCUGGGUGUCUUGUACCUUCAGGGUUUACACCAUUCCUCGCUACACUGCCGUAUGAGAAAGGAUUAGCCUGGCGGCCAUUGAUAGGUUGGCAACAUCACGUGAAAUUCUCAAACAAUCAAAGGGAGUCCACUGAGAGAAAUAGUAUGUUUGACAAAUUACUAAAGCUAUAAAGCAGCCUGGUAGUAGUGCCCCAGUGCCGUUCCACAAUAAUAUUUCACAAUGGUUUGCCCUCUCACUGGAGUCCCCAUUGGGCGCCACAUCUCCUUGUCAGCAAGCUAGCAACAUCCAGCCUCUGAGGAGCUGUAGCAGCAAAGGGUUUGAACUCAGUAUGUGCGGCAUUUCAUACCGCAAGCCUCCGGGCACCAUAACCACUUCAAAUCAUUGAAGUGGUGAUGAUGCAUAGAGAAACCCUUUCAGCUGCUAUGGAGACGGGAGUGUUCUUUUCAAAAAAGUUAUUUUGUAAGGAGCUACUAACUUGGGUAUUUAACUUCUGGUAAGAAUUAUUAAAGGGGUACUAUAGUCACUAGUGCAACUACAUGUAUUCCUGACACUAUAGUGUUAACACCACCAUCUAGCCCUCCUGGGCCCCUCAUGCCUCCAUAAAUAUAGUAAAUAUCUUACUGUAUUCAAGCCAGAAGCUGUAAAUCUGCAUGCUGUAGACUCAGGAAAAACAAGCAGUCUGUUGACAUGUGAUAGCCUGAUCCAAUCACAAUGCUUCCCCAUAGGAUUGGCUGAGACUAACAAAGAGGCAGAUCAGGGGCAGAGACAGCAUGAUUCAAACACAGCUCUGGCCAAUCAGCAUCUCCUCAUAGAGAUGAAUGGAAUCAAUGAAUCUCUAUGAGGAAAGUUCAGUGUCUGCAUGCAGAGGGAGGAGACACAGUGCUUCCCUGUGCUCUGCUGACAGCCGAUCUGAGUGGAUUGAGGAGUUUUAUGCCUCAGUCAACUCGGAAGUCCCUCUGGUGGCAUUCUGAGUGACUGCAACUGGAGGUGUUCCUUGCUUUCAAUGUAAACACUGUAUUUUCUCAGAAAAUACAGUGUUUACAUGAGAGAGGCUGCAGGGAGCUAUAGUUCUCACCUGAACAACCUCAUUAGGCUGAAGUUGUUCAGGUGACUAUAGUGUCUCUUUAAUUGUAAGUAGAAAACAUAUUUGGUAUCGUAGCUAUGGGUGAUCUAAAUUUUCGGUCAUACUUAGUCUUUCUCUAAGACCAAGGGUCAUAGAGGUCAUUUAUCCAAUGGGUAGUAAUUAUUUGGGCAAAAUGCAGACUUAUUUAAUGCUCAUGUUUAUGCCGUCUUUAAUGAAAUUAAGUCCUGGAACAUCCAUAAUUUGAUGGUCAGUCAUUUGGCCGAGAGAAGGCAACCAAUGAAAAUCUGAUAUUAAAUGGUAGAAGUAACUGUCUACAAUAUGGCUCAUAUUUAAUCGUGUGGGGCCAGCUAAUGGGUACAAGAGGAAAUUCUAUAAAUUGUUGUUUUUGUUAAAAAAAUAAAUUAAUAAGUAAUAAGUUACAGAAUGCACUUGAUACAAAACGCAUUAUAGAAAAUUUACGGUAGCUCGAGCACAUAUUAAAAUUGCUCUUAAGUUAUGGAAAACUCGUUAAUUCUCCAGAAAUCUUGGCUUAACAUUUAUAGCUUUUGGUCGAAUUCCUCUUCUUAAAAUUGCCAAGAAAUACGGACGGAAAACACAGAGGAUUCUGCUUUUUCCGAACAAAUGCUUUGUGUCCCAAAAUAAAAAUGAAGGGACAGAUUGUUGGCAAGAGUAUAGCUUGAUAAAGUGUUCCUAUAUAAUCAAAGGAAUGCCAGAAAUACCUGGAUUUAAAUAUAUGCAGAGGUUAUACAGAGUUUGUAUAGUCUUAGAAAGAAAUAUUUGUCAUAAGUGGUAGGUUAGUGAUUACUGAGGAGCAAUAGACAUUAUAGGGAGAAGUUAAAUUGAGCAAUAGGUGUAAUUAUAUGGAGAGGUUAUAUGGAGUAAUAGGAGGCAUUAUAGGGAGAGGUUAUAUGGAGUAAUAGGAGGAGUUAUAGAGAGAGGUUAUAUGGAGUAAUAGGAUGAGUUACAGAGAGAAGUUAUAUGGAGUAAUAGGAGGAGUUAUAUGGAGAGGUUAUAUGGAGUAAUAGGAGGAGUUAUAGGGAGAGGUUAUAUGGAGUAAUAGGAGGCAUUAUAGGGAGAGGUUAUAUGGAGUAAUCGGAGGAGUUAUAGAGAGAGGUUAUAUGGAGUAAUAGGAUGAGUUACAGAGAGAAGUUAUAUGGAGUAAUAGGAGGAAUUAUAUGGAGAGGUUAUAUGGAGUAAUAGGAGGAGUUAUAGGGAGAGGUUAUAUGGAGUAAUAGGAGGAGUUAUAGGGAGAGGUUAUAUGGAGUAAUAGGAGGAGUUAUAGAGAGGUUAUAUGGAAUAAUAGGAGGGGUUAUAGAGAGAGGUUAUAUGGAGUAAUAGGAGGAGUUAUAAGGAGAGGUUAUAUGGAGUAAUAGGAGGAGGUAUAGAGAGAGGUUAUAUGGAGUAAUAGGAGGAGUUAUAGAGAGAGGAUAUAUGGAGUAAUAGGAGGAGUUAUAGAGAGAGGUUAUAUGGAGUAAAAGGAGGAGUUAUAGGGAGAGGUUAUAUGGAGUCAUAGGAGGAGUUAUAGGGAGAGGUUAUAUGGAGUAAUAGGGGGAGUUAAAGAGAGAAGUUAUAUGGAAUAAUAGGAGGAAUUAUAGGGAGAGGUUAUAUGGAGUAAUAGGAGGAGUUAUAGGGAGAGGUUAUAUGGAGUAAUAGGAGGAGUUAUAGGGAGAGGUUAUUUGGGAUAAUAGGAGUUCUAUGGAGAGGUUAUAUGGAGUAAUUAGAUAAGUAAUAGAGGUAAUACAUGUUGUUAUAUGGAGAUAUAUAGAAUAACUGGUAUAGACAUAUUAUAUGUCAUAAUAUAAAGUAGUUGAAUUACUGUACAUUUUAACAAAAAUAGGAAACAUUCUGUACAGUAUUUUACUAAAUUAAUAAACAUAUGUUGUACAAAGGCUUUCACAGAAAUUCUUAUUUACACAGCAAUUCACACCCACUCACCACCGCGACUGAUCACAAUCCGCCACACUGAUUCACUACCCUUUGGACCCAGUGUUUUGGUGUGACUCACUGCUCGCAGGACUUACAGUGACCUUAUUGUACAGCCCGGCUCUCAAACAGGAAACAGCCCGUGGCAUUACGUGCCACAACAGGGGCCACACUGUCACAGCCAUGUCCAUUCAUAAGAUCUAAAAGGCAGAGGGUGAGCAAAUGAAUAGUCUGCAACUAAAUUGGGGAGAAGCUUGGAAUUUUCAGAGAAAGAUUUAUGGGGAUGACAGUCUUAUGCUAUAUUCUGCUACAGCUAAACUCUAUGAAUUAGAGGAAUAUUUAACAUAUUUGCAUCCAUUAAGUACAAUAGACUGACAGAGGUAUUCAAUAAUUUGUCAUUUGUUAAGAAUUUAAAGUUAAUAUCCAACUUAAGGCCAUAAUAACUGAGUUGGAAUGGGUAUGUUUUCAGGUUAGCUAAUUUAGACUGAAAAUUAUAAUUCGUACAUUUAUUCACUAAAGUGAGAAUUCAGAGUGAAUUUCAAAUUUAAGGUUAAAAUAAUCGAACUGGAAAAUUUAUCUUACUCGGCUAUGUUUUGAGUUCUACUACUCGGGCCUUAAAUUUAAAAUUCACUUUGACGUCUCAGUGUAGUAAAUAAUAUCCAUUUUUUGCUGCACUCACCGUAAAUCCACAUAUCUUAAAAUAAACCUUCUUAAUACAACUUAAUAUAUUGGCCCAGUUGUAUUAAGAAGGUUUAUUUUAAGAUAUAUGGAUUUACGGUGAAUUGAAAAUAAAAAGUGUAAAAUAUUGCCUAAUUGCAAAUAUUGAUGAGUUGGAGAAUUUUUCAGCCUUAGCUGGUUUGAUUUAAAAUUGUGAGAAUAUUUCAAGUGACAGUAAAUUGAUAGUUCGUGAAUAUACCUCUUAUUUUAAUAUAUCAUUGGGCUUGUUAUACAGUGGGUGGGGCCAUGUACUAUGUACCUAGGUGUAUAUGAGCUACGAAUAGCUACUGAGGUCCAUUCUUCUAUACUCACAGAUUAAAGGACCACUAUAGGCACCCAGACCACUUCAGCUUAAUGAAGUGGUGUGGGUGCCAGGUCCAGCUAGGUUUAACUCUUUUUGCAGUAAACAUAGCAGUUUCAGAAAAACUGCUAUGUUUACCUAUGGGUUAAUCCAGCCUCUAGUGGCUGUCUCACUGACAGCCGCUAGAGGCGCUUCCGCGCUUCUCACUGUGAUUUUCACAGUGAGAAGACGCCAGUGUCCAUAGGAAAGCAUUAGGAAUGCUUUCCUAUGAGAUUAGCUGAAUGAGCACGCGGCCGAUGACGGAAGAAGAGGGAGGAGAGUCCCAGCACAGAGGGAGCCGAGCACUGGAAAAAAGGUAAGGGAUUAACCCCUUCCUUCCCCUUUAGCGCCACGGAAGUGGGACCCAUAGGGUCACUAUAUUGGUCCUUUAAGUGCAAUGCGACAGUCUGUUCAGGGCAGGGCCUGUUUGGUGGACAGUCUGUUCAGGGCACGGCCUGUUUGGUGGACAGUCUGUUCAAGGCAGGGCCUGUUUGGUGGACAGUCUGUUCAGACAGGGCCUGUGGAAAGUCUGUUCUAAAAACAUUCCUUGGAGCAUGUUAGCUAUGCCAAAAAGCAGCAAAAAACUAGACCGUUUGUCAUUAGACAUUGUUAGCUCAAACUUCGUCUUCAUGGUAUUAAAGGGACACGGAAAGCAUUGUAAUUGCUUUAUCUCAUUUAAGUGGUUAGAGUGUCUGGAGUCCCCUGGCACCAUUCUUCCAUUUAGCGCUAAGCUGUUUUUAAAGGGAAAACUGUUGUGUCCUCUGGCCCUCCCCUCCCUUGUGCUCCCAAAUAAAGGGUUAAAAAACUUUCCUUCGGCGCUGGGUCCGGCUCCUGCUCCGCCAACUCCAGUAGAUCGGGGGGACCUAAUUCACACGCAUGCCGCGCACACGUUAGACCUCAAUGCUUUCCUAUAUGGAUUUUGAACAUGCUCGACGUCCUCAUGCAAAGCAAGCACGAUGGACGUACUCAGGAAACGUUUCUACUGGCUGUGUGGUAGACAGCCACUAGAGGCAGUCUUAACCUUUUAAUGUAAACAUUGCAGUUCCUCAAAAACUGCAAAUUGUACAUUGCAGGAUUAAGAGAACAGGGCCAGUGCACCCAGACCACUUCAAUGUCCCUUUUUAUGUUUUAAUGUUAAAGAAGAUUCCUCGGAAGCACAUCCCCUCUGUGCUGCUUGGAUUAAUUAGGAAGCAUUAACCUUAGCAGCAUGGGUUGUGUGAUAAAGUGAAGGCAGAUAGGCCUUUUAACCCCAGGGGGAGUAUGUGUAGUUUGUGUGUGUUACACAAAGCUCUGUUUAGUUAUGGGCCCCUGGGGUGGAGCAUUUGGAGAGAAGGGUGGGCCAGUGCUCCACUCCACAGUUUAGUGGUUUUCUGGGGAGACAUAGAUCCAGGCCAGGGUUUUUUGGACCGUCUCCAACCCACUGCUCAGCUGCAGUUAAUGAGCUGUUGCAAUUGGAAUAAACUCCUCCCUGCUAGGCAGGUAAAGGAGAGGGAUUGCUGGCUUCCUCCCAGGAAGCAGGUAGGAGAGAGAGGCUGUUCUCUCCAGAUAGUCAAGGAGACUGUGCACUUGGAGUGCAGAAAGGAAGCAGUCAGGGCAAGACUGGCUUGGAGCACUGGGAGUGCAGAAAGGAAAGCAGUCAGGGCAAGGCUGGCUUGGAGCACUGGGAGUGCAGAAAGCAAAGCAGUCAGGGCAAGGCUGGCUUGGAGCACUGGGAGUGCAGGAAAGGAGCGCAACAGGCUAGCCAGCAGAGUGUUGCUAACUAAUAAGGUUGGUGCCAUUGUUUUGUUUAGUUUAACCCUGAGAGAUAGGGAACCUAACGUCAGUUAGUGCUCAGACGAGCUAGGUUUUUGUUUAUAGGGUUUUCUGUUACAUUUGUUUUCAUUUACUGAUGUAUCCUGUGUGAACUUACAAAUAAAGUGCCUGGAGUAUUUGCAAUUACAAGGACUGUGCAUGUUUUUGCCCUAGAGGACCGUGCUACCUGCAAACAAGGAUCACAGUUGUCUAUCACUGCAACCCAUCGCAGUUAUAAAUAUUUAUGGCUAGAAAGAAGCAAGUAAUCUCUGCCUUAGCCAUACCUCCAUUAGGGACCAGGCUGUAAAGAAGCUCUGUAACUUUCGGUUUCUUUGCAUAGCUUGCAAAGACCCCCAAAGGUGAUACAGCGGCCCGGUGGAGAUGCUUAUGGAAGCGAUAUACCUGCCUGAAGCUUUCAAUCCUUCUGGGCGGCUGUCUUCAGCUCUUGAUUGUUCAGGGCCAGAAGUCUUGUCACUGUUGUACUUUCGCUCAUGCAUGAGGUUACAACACAGAGGUCUAUAGACAAGAUCAUAAACCCUUCUAAGAUCAUUUUAUUAACAGCCGUAGCUAGAGACAAUUGCAGGGAAUCAACGAAACUCGAUGAUGGAAGUUUUGUCAUCAUCUGUCUUACCCGUCAGUCAAAGUAAUACCUGCCUUCAUUUAUUAUAUCUUUAUUAUAUCUUUUUAUUAAUUGAAUCAUACUUUUAAUGGAAUUCCCACAAAAUCAAUAUUAGUACAACGUAGCAAUUUUAUAUUUCUGAAAUACUCAGAAGUGACAUCCAAUGCCAUCACAAAUUAUCGAUAAUAGACACAUGAUGACAGUAUGCAGCGAGUUAAUAAAAGCAUGGUCAGUAAUAAGAUGGUUACUGAUGGUUGACCUUAAGCAAUAUUGUUGACAGUGAGUAAUUAAAGGCAAAAAAAAUGCAGUUAAACGAGUUUAGGUCACUGCACUUCUAAAAUAACAUAGAACUUUAGCAUUGUCCCGCCAAAAAGUGCUGAAUUCUAAAUAUUUGUCUCUCGCGAGCCAUCUAAUAACUGUGGACCUCACUCUAUACCGGCACUCAUAUGCACGCGAAAACAAUAUUUCAUUGAUACGUGUACAAAAGUGAAAAGUUUGGUGUGCCUCGUUUGACUUUCAUUAACCAUUUAUUUCUGUACAGAAGCAGAUGUAAUUAACUCUCAAUUUUUUAGAAAAAGGGUACUGAAUUUGCCCGGCAUCUGGUGACAAGAUUUUAUAAAGAAACUGUAACAUACAAACUUAGAAAAGGUAGAAGAAAAAAACUGCCAUUCUCGUACGAACAGUUUCAGAAUCCUGAAAUAAUUCUUGUUUUUUUGUCUUUGUUUGUCUACGCAGACCCAAACCCACCUGCCGACUCAGUGACGCCUUUCCUGCCAGAACCAAAUAUGACAACACUGAGCAGUACUAUUUUGAAACCCAAUGCCAGCAGCACAAGCCCUGAGAAUAAAGACAACGUUCACCCCAGCGGGGCACCGGAGAACCUCAUCCCUGUCUACUGUUCCAUCCUCGCAGCGGUCAUCGUAGGACUAGUGGCAUUUAUUGUGUUCAAACGGUGAGACAAUCAAGACAGGAUGCUUAGUUUCUAAGCUAGUUUUGAGUUCUGUGGCUCCUGAAGAGUCACAUCUGUUACAUUAGAAAAAUACCAGAUUACUACCAACAGACAAAUUUAAAAAAACAUACAAAAACAGUGUGCACUCACGAUAACCCCAUAUAACUAGCAGGACCUGUUUCAAACAUGCUGCAGAUGUUUUGAAGAAAUAAUUCCAAAGUACUCCACUUGGAUAUAAUUCAAUCAAAGUGAAUUACAAUAUAUACAACUGGAAUGCUGAUUAAUUAUCUCUUUUAUUUGUCCUGAGAGUUUGGGAAAAUUAACUCCAUCUGCGAACACCCAAAUUUGGAGGAACUACAGGUUCAGGAGUGCCUGUCACAAUAAGAUUCACUGAUUAUGCUGUAGAUUAUGCUGCAGUCGGGGACUGAGUGAUUGUGAAAAGUGAGAGUAGACCUGCCACUGGUUUCCCCCAAAAUCCCACCCAUUGUCACCAGUUGGGGGCCUAAUUCUAAGUUAAGGGUGUCUGGUAGGUAGACCCUCCAAAAACGAAACAAGAGAGCCACAGGUUUUCUCCAUAAACAGGAAAUGAAAUACCCAGUUACCUGGCAUGUGACAUAAAUAUGUAAUAAAUGCCCAGUUGCCUAGUAUGGCUGUCCCUGCAUAUGGUCCCCCUGGGUAGUAGCAGGAGAUUCCCAGUCCACCAGCACUACUAAUAAAACAUUAGCAAAGUGAAAGACUUAUGUUAGAGUGCACUGCAAUUGUUUUUUUUUUACAACUAAUGCUCAGUUAAACGUGUAGAGGAAACAGUGAGCUCAACCAAAUGUGGGAAUAGUUCCUCCACCAAAGCUUUGAUGCCACCAAUCUUCCAUAUUAACCACAGCAGGUGGCUCAUAUUAACCAAAGCAUGUCACCAAUCUUCCACACCAACCAAAUGGUGACACCACCAAUCCUUCCUUCAAUCCAAAGGGAACUGGUACUACCAUUCCCCAAUUUCAAACUACUGAAACGGAGAGAAGAGAAUGCUCUGAUGGCCAGAGCAGGUUUGUCAAAGAGAGAGUAAUCCAAGUGACUGGCAGGACUGUCUGAGUAAUAAAGAGGAUUCUGAGUGACAGACAGGAGAGUCGAAGUGAUAGAGAUGGGUUUGAGUGACACAGAGGAGAGUUUGAGUGGAAGAGAGGAGUUUGAAUGAGUUUGAGUGAAAAUUAGGAGUGUCUGAGUGAGAAUGAAGAGUCUGAGUGAAGAUUAGGAAUGUCUAGGUGACAGGGAGGAGUUUGAGUGAAGAUUAGGAAUGUCUAGGUGACAGGGAGGAGUUUGAGUGAAGAUUAGGAAUGUCUAGGUGACAGGGAGGAGUUUGAGUGAAGAUUAGGAGUGUCUGCGUGACAGAGAGGAGUUUGAGUGAAGAUUAGGAAUGUCUGAGUGAGAAUGAGGAGUCUGAGUGAAGAUUAGGAAUGUCUAGGUGACAGGGAGGAGUUUGAGUGAAGAUUAGGAAUGUCUAGGUGACAGGGAGGAGUUUGAGUGAAGAUUAGGAGUGUCUGCGUGACAGAGAGGAGUUUGAGUGAAGAUUAGGAAUGUCUGAGUGAGAAUGAGGAGUCUGAGUGAAGAUUAGGAAUGUCUAGGUGACAGGGAGGAGUUUGAGUGAAGAUUAGGAAUGUCUAGGUGACAGGGAGGAGUUUGAGUGAAGAUUAGGAGUGUCUGCGUGACAGAGAGGAGUUUGAGUGAAGAUUAGGAAUGUCUGAGUGAGAAUGAGGAGUCUGAGUGAAGAUUAGGAAUGUCUGAGUGAGAAUGAGGAGUCUGAAUGAAGAUUAGGAAUGUCUAGGUGACAGGAAGGAGUUUGAGUGUUGAUUAGAGGUGUUUGGGUGACAUUGAGAAGUUUGAGUGUAUAUUUGGAGUGUCUGUGUGAGAGGGAGGAGUUUGAGUGCUAAUUAGGAGUGUCUCAGUAACAGUCAGGAGUGUUUGAGUGACAGAGAACAUUACAGCAACAGUGUAUCUUAGAUAAUGAAAAUCUGAUUCUUUUAUGAAAUUCUUUGAGAUGUUCCUGCAGUGUUACAUUGUCCUCCACUUCUACCCACAGGUGGAAUAGUUGUAAGCAGAACAAACAAGGGGGUAACAGUCACCCAGUAAACCAGACACCAUCUCCUGAGGGUGAAAAACUGCACAGCGACAGCGGUAUCUCGGUCAAUAGUGAUAGCACGGCAGAGCAGCCUGCAGGACAUACUCAGGGUAAGUAGGAAACAAUUAUUUAUUUAGGAUCCUAGUCAAAACUGGAAUGAUCCAUUUCAUUUAAAAGAACACUAUAGUGACAGGAUACAAUAUAGAAUGUUAUAUAGGAACAUAUAACACUAUUUAGUCCACUGGCCCCCCUGUAAAAGGUGAUUUUAAUUACCUUUAUUCCAGCGCUGCAUGGGUCCGUUGCGGCUUGUUCCGCCUCCAUAUCUUAGAUUAUCAAAAUUGACAAUCUCAGCCAAUCCAAUGCUUUUCCAUAGGAAAGCAUUUGGAGGCUAUUGCACAUGCACGGCAAAACGCCACGCUGUGCCAGUUAGCAUCUCUGCAUCGAGAUACACUGAAUGAAGGCAUCUCUAUGAGAAAUGUUCAACAUCUCCAUGCAGAGCACUGACCCAGGAAGCACCCCUAAUGGCCAUCUGAAUGACUGCCACUAGACGUGUUACUAAAUAAAUAAAAUAUAUAUGUUCUCUGAAAAGGCAGUGUUUACAUUAAAGUGCCUGCAACGACAGUCUAUAGACACCAAAACAACUGCAUUAAGCUGUACUUGUUUUGGUGACUUUAAUGUCCCUUUUAGAUUGCAGGGCUGAAUUGAGCAGCCCUAGUUAAAAAUAAAAAAAUAAUUAUCUUCCUUGUGUAACGACCAUAAAAGAGUUUAAAUUAACAGGACAUUCCAUAACGCAGUAUGUUUUUAGGCACUGGGUUGUGCAUUGUAUUGUGACAGUUAAAUAUGACAUAACAAAUAGCGUUUUGCAAAUAACAAGAUUUUUUAUAUUUGUACCAAUUUGGUUAUUGUAUAUGACUGCAGUACAGCUGCAAAUAUGGCCUUUCACAAAUUUCCAUCAAGUAUAUAAGGUAAAAAUAGAUUUUCUGAUUUCCAUGUAUUAAUAAUUGAGAAUUUGUAAUAAAUGCCAAAUGCAUGUUACAGUCUAUGUCUUAUUUUAGCCCUAAGUUACGAAGUAUAAUAAUUACUUUGUUAAGUUAAGUGCAAACAGUCUGUUAAUAAAGACCUUAAUUGGACACUGAGAAUUAAACCAAUAUGCUGAAUGUCAUUCUAGUCUGUUUGUAGACAUUUCUCUUUUUUUAUCCUUAUAUAAACAUGGUCAUGAUUAUCAACUGUGGUAAUUAAUCAUAGACUAGUAGGCAAAUAUUCUAAAAUAAUAAUUAUUACAGUGCAAUGGAACCAGAUAGAUAUUUUUAUACGCAGUGAUUUUACGUAAAGUAACUAUGAUUUUAGUUAUUUUACCUUCAGAAUUCCAUUGUACAGUGCUACAGAAUUUAUUGGCACUUUAUAAAUAAAGAUCAUAAUAAUAAUACAUUUCUCUCUUGAAUGUUGCCAUUAAAGUGAUUCAUGGUCAAGACAUGCACUUAUGACUGCAGUCAGAGAUGGAAUCUGAAGAGAAGGUCUAUUGGAAAUGUAACAGAGAGCAAGAAUUACCUAAACACAUUUAUCAUCUUUCCACAGGCAAAAAUGACCUCCAUCUCUACAAUAAUCUUUCACCCCACAAACAAGAAGAGGUGGAGAAACUUCUUGCUGGGUCUGUGGAGCAGACUUGGAAAAGUCUUGCUGGAGAACUGGGGUACCAAGAUGAGUUGAUAGACACAUUCACUCAAGAGGAGUUUCCAGUGCGGGCUUUACUUAGCGAUUGGUCCAACAAGGAGAGUGCUACCACUGAUGCUCUAUAUUCUGCUCUCCGCAAAAUCCAAAGGGAUGAUAUAGCCCAGAGCUUGUACAGUGAAUCCACUGCUACCUCGCCUGUGUGA